CGGCGGUUCUAUCCUUGCCGUCCCCCUCCGCUCGUCUCAGACGUUCCUUGGCUGAAAAAGAGGUAUCCCUCCGCUGGGGUCGUCACCCCCGGGGUGCGCGCAAGCGUUUAUCCCCCACAGGGUCAGCGAAGCCACUGGCGGCGGCGGCGGCGGCCUCCCCGUUGGCGGUUUCGCCCCGAUUUAGAGACUUCCUCCCCCCCGUACGUUCGCGGGUGGUGUAAGACCCGCCGACGUCCAGCACGGAGGAGCUUGCCCGUCUCCUUUAAGAGGGGAGGCUGGGCUUCCCGUGACCUCUCCGUGCGGCCGCCCCUUCCUGGUUGCCAUAGCGAUUGGCCGCUGGCGUCCUAAAAUGGCGUCGCUCCUCACAGACACUUUGUUCGAGGCGCGAGGGCAGGCCCCGGCGCCCAGCAAAGACUUCUACCAGCUCCUUGUCACCAAGAAGGAGGUGAGUGAAUUACCUCCCCUCUCAGGGGGUCCUCCACAGAUUUCUCCUCCUCCUCCUCCUCCUUUCUCGCUGUUGUUACGGGGUGAGCGGCGACGGCCUGACGUGAUAGCGAAAAAAGUAAUGGAAGUUGCCUCACUCGAAUUUAGGGCUAUUCGUUAGUUCUUCCCAGGACUGAACAGGUGCAUCCUAGAAAAGUGUAGGGGAAAUUCUCCGCGCGCUCGACUUGCUUCUCAUUCAGGAAGGGAAAUGGGGUCCACUAGAACUUAAGCAAAACAUUUCGCUGAUAAUUAAAUUGCCAUGCCAAACCUCCCUACUAGAACAUUCCUGGGUUCAUUCUCUAAAUCUCUGAUUUGGUAGUCCUGUCCCCUAAUCCUAGAUGCAGCCUUUAUUUUAGGCACAUUGUACCUGGUUAAAUGCACACCUUUCUGUAUGCGUGUCCCCAUUUUGAGCUUUCUCAUCCUAUAGUCCCAGGCAUCUCCCAUGGAGGUGGGUUUUCCAACAGGAGUUACCGUAUUUUUCGCUCUGUAAGACGCACCAGACCACAAGACGCACCUAGUUUUUGGAGGAGGAAAACAAGAAAAAAAUAUUCUGAAUCUCAGAAGCCAAAACAGCAAGAGGGAUCGCUGCGCAGUGAAAGCAGCAAUCCCUCUUGCUGUUCUGGCUUCUGGGAUAGCUGCGCAGCCUGCAUUCACUCCAUAAGACGCACACACAUUUCCCCUUACUUUUUAGGAGGGAAAAAGUGAGUCUUAUAGAGCAAAAAAUAUGGUAUAUUGGGUGAAUUCUAAAUAGAUGAAAAUUCAUAUUUCUAUGUUAUACAUCCUGCUCCAUCAAUGACAGGGAUAGGGAGCCUCGGGCCCAAGGUCCAAAUGAAGCCCUCCAGGACUCUUUUUGGCCCUCAGUGCUCUCCUCAGGCCACACACCCUUCUCAGCCCCUCGUUGGACCACUUUGCACCAUCUUUGAGUCUUUCAUUUCUGCUUGGAUGGAGAAUAGAGAGGGAUGCAAUUGUGAAAAAACCUACCCUAUAAGAUACAGGGACAAAAUUCACAUUUAUUGCUUACUUUUGCCUCUGACCAUGAUUUUGACUGUGUGUGUGUGUGUGUGUGUGUGUGUGUGUGUUUUUCAAACAUUCCUCCAUUCUUUCACCUGAAAAAUAUGAGGCAAUUGGACUCCAAUAUGUUGCAGGGCUGUAUACUUGGCAAAUUCCCAGAUUGCAUUUCUGCACCAAAUACCCAAAGGUGCUCUGCAUUCUGCAACAUUUGUGAAUACUUUUUCCAACAUCAAAUCCUAAUAGUGUUACUUACUCAGUAAUUCAGUAAAAUGUUGUCACAGUGCUAUUAUAGCUAACAAUAUUAGCUUUGAAAUUCAGAUCCUUUCUCUUCUUGGAACUUUGCGUGCACACUCCAAGCAUCUUUUGCUCAUUCCCAGGUGGGUUUGACCCACUGUUUGAGAAGUAAGGUUUAAUCUCUAGUAAAAGUAAUAUCUCUCCUCCAGAGAGAGUGUUAUGGCAAGUUACAGUAUUUUGUUUUUAGGCUCUCAGCAUUUGUGAGAGAGCCGUAUACAGAAAUACUAUACCUGGUACUGCAAAAUUAUUUUUAGUGGGUGUAUAUGUAAAUCAAAGUGGCUGUCUGUUCAGGGGGAGACAGUAUCCCAUAUCAUUGCCCUUCUUUGACCUGAUACUGCUGCGACAUCACUCUAGAAUCCAAAGAAUUGAGAAUACUGUCAGUAUGCUUUUAAUAUAGAGGUUUACCUACUAGUUCUGUUGUUUUUUCUGUAGUAUAACUGACACAUCUCCUAACUGCUUUGAUUCCAUGGGAUCCAGAAUCAUGAAGGUUCUGUCUCUAGUUGGUGACCUGUUCUGGCAGCUCAGAAGGGGAAAUUGAGCUUUAUUUUGCUUUUUUCCUUCAUCCCUUAAGUUGCUUUUCUGCCACGUUGAUCUCUCUGGCACAGUGACUGUUACGGCUGCAUCAAAGCAACUGCUUCUGUGGAAGCAUUAAGUGAGUGAAACUUUCAGUGUUAAGAAGCCAUGUGAUUUCCUGGAACAACUUCCUCAAAAAUGAAAAGUUUCUGGAAGUAUGGAAGAGGAAGCAAAGAACAACAUUUUGGUUUUUCUUACUGUAAACUCCCAACAAUUUCAGAGGAAAAGAAAUACAUUUCCACUCUGUGUAUGUGAGACACAGUAUAUCCCCAAACUAAUGCAUAUACGUAAUAUACAGGGAUUGAGAUUCUCUUUCAGUUACACCAAAUCUGGUGCCUGCAAACAAUUUGCCACAAUUCUGUUUAGGAAAGAACUUUCCUGAGGGUGCACAGAAAUGGAAGAGUACCCGGUUAACAUUCCAGCUGCAAGUUAUUGUCAUGUAAUAAAAAGAUUCUAAAUGUAGAAUACAGUAUAACUUCUUUGUUUAGAUUAUGAAAAGAAGUGGAAAUUAGUAAGCCCAAUAUUCUAAUCAUAAAUAUACAACCUAAAUAACUGUAAAAUAAAUGUUGUUUGGUUAGUUGUGAGGGAAAGAAUCUUUUAGGAGUUGCUCUCCCCCUAUAACAGCAGCAUGAAAUAAAGAAUGAUGAUAAUCAUGUUGAUGAUGUUGAUAAAUAUAGCGCUAUCUAUGUGUAUUGCACUUCACAAAGUAUGACAGAACAGAUACUCGUCCCAGGAGAUUUACAAUCUAUAAAGCAAUGCAAGCAAGACAACAAAGGAAGGAGAGAUUUUCAUUUGAGAAUUAAUCUUCAUGUGAGGGGGAUAUUCUCUGGAUUUUAUCUCUAUAGUCAAAUAAUUGCCAAACCCUGGUUGCAUGUUGGCAUUUCUUUUUAAAAUGUAUUGGAGAUGGGGUGGUGAAGGGAGACUAACAGCAGAUCAUACGAGGGUACACAGAAGGACAUAAUGACCAGCAAUCCAGAGACACUAAUAAAAGCAAGGUAACAGUUGAACUUCUAAGAUUUGGUUUUUUAAAAAAAAAGUUUAAUAAGCAGUAGUGAGUCAUGAAUCAAAGAGACUAGGUGGGUAAAAGAUGGAAGUCUGUUAAUGCAAGGAAGUUGUUCUAGAUGGUAAAGUUAAAAGAGUAGGAUUAUUAUGACAAGAAAGAGACAAAGAAAUCUGGCACUUAAGCUUCUUAAACAGUGGACUCAUAAGAUAGGGUUGAUAAUAGAAAUGUAACUAGUGAAUAUUCUGAAUGUGUAAGUAAUAUUACAUCUGUCAUCAAUUUGAUUUGACCAGGCUGGUUAAUUACUGUAAUGCAUGAAAUAAUUAUCUAAGACAAAUGCAUUGAUUUCUAUGGAACACCUUAUUUCUUUCCAUAAAGGUCCAAGUUGUAUUUUCCUAUAUAUUUUAACCAGUCUAUUUUUCUAGAAAAAUAAGUGUCAGAGCUCACCAUGAACUUCUCAUUUGUUCCCUUAGAAUGGCAGUGGUGCCUACCUGAGAGGUGGCAGAACUGAGCUCCAGUGACCUCUGGGUGAAAAAAAGCCCCAAUUUUAACAUAAAUACUUGCGUAUAAGAUUUCAUUAAGUCCUCUUACAGAAAAAAGCACUUCAUAAGUUCCACUGAUAAAAACAUCUAGUUUUAACAGUUUGGUUGCAAUUAAGUGAAUUUGUUCACCUGCUGCUUCCUUUUAUUGUUCCUUUGUCUUCCCUUCAGACUAGAUUUCACUGUGGUUGUACAUGGACAAGCUAGAGCUAAAAUGGUGGGAGGGGCAUAAUAGAUAAUUGAUCUUUGAGAGAGCUACAGGGCUACGUCUGAGGGAAAUUUUUCAUCUGGAGAAGAGAUGAGCUUAUACUUUGUAGCAAAAUUCUGAAGUGCUCAGAAACCUGGUUAACUACAACCUUAAUUUUGUUCAGAACUUUUUUCUCCAUUUGCAAAAUAAUCAUUUUUAUGGCAGCUCAAGCAUUCAGACCUAGUUAACCAAAGUGUUUCUCAACUGCCCACUUCUUCCAACAGAAAACUAUACCAUUUGAAGCUAUUUCUUUUAAUCUAUCCAGACUCAAAUGUCCUUGAAAAGUGCAGGCAGAUGAGUGAUUCAUGGACGCUUCCCAAAGCAUUCUUAAGACAGACUCUAAAUGGAGAUACAACUUUGAGAAUAACAGUGUAGUUUAGUAUUAUAUCGAGAAGUGUAUAAAGAGUAAGUAUUUUAUAAGAAUGCAGACAGCUGGAAAGAUUAGAUUAAACCAGAAAUGGGUAAGAUAAAAUUGCAGGAAAAGGCACUGCUGUUAAUGUGGGAGGUGUGGACAUGAAACCAUUUCAGAGAGAAUUGAUGAUAUGACAGGAAUGUAGGCAUCUGUGUCUCCUUCCCUCCACCCUCUGGGGAUUUUUUUCUCUACAGCAAGGAUGAGAGUUACAGCUGAUUUUAAGUAUAUUAACAACACUGAAAUCCACAAGUUCUAUCCUCUGAACACCUAGUUUUCGCAGAGUUUGAAUUCAUAUCUACCUCCUCCGUUAAAUUAAUCAUUUCAACGGUAUGUAUUGUGCUUGGCCUUCUUUUCCACAGGCCGCAUUAGAUUUCAUUGGGGCCAGCCCACUACUUGCUCAGGAGAAGGGCCGGAUUUAGGUUUGAUGAGGCCCUAAGCUACUGAAGGUACUGGGGCCCUUUAUAUGUCCAGCUGUCUUUUAUCAACAACAAAUUGUCGCUGUUUUUUGUGUUGAAUAUAUGCUAUAUGGUAAUUUAUGGACCUGAUAGGUAUCUAAAGCCAUUUGCAAAUAACAAAAUAUGUAUUUUAUCAGAGUAAUUGAUAUAGAAAUGAGCAAACAAGUUAUAUUUUAGGGAGCAGGCUAGCAGGCGGGGCCCAUUACUUACAUAGUAGGAGCCUAGACAACACAAAACACGGUUGCUGUAUGUAAGUUUUAUUUUAUUUGUUUUUUAUCUUAUAUUUUGGAAAUGUACAUCCAGUUGUUUUUUUCUUUAAAUUUUUUGGGGGUCCCCAAGAGAGUGGGGCCCUAAGCUAUAGCUUGUUUAGCUUAUAUGUAAAUCACUGCUCAGGAGUGAUGCUUUCACUUCUUGAAGGUUUUUUAAACAAUUUUCUUGCUUCAGUAGAACUUGCUAUUUAGUACAUUUAUAUCCUGCCUUCCUUGCAUCCCAGAAGUUAAAAUGUGUUACAUGGGAUUCCUAGGUGGUUUCCUAUCCCAGCAUUGACCUGCUUAGCUUCAACAAGGUGGCUUCAUCACAUGCCUUGUAAUCUUGUCCUAGUAAGUGGUAAUUCUAUUGUGGGAAGGAUAGAUAAAUGUAAGCAUAUAUGAAGGCCUAUGUCUUAUAGACUAGGAUUUUUUACACUCCAGAUGUUGUUGGACUAUAACUCUCAUCAGCCCCAGCCAGCUUUCCCAGUGGUCAGUUUCCCCACCCUGAUACGGAUAUUCACAAUGAUGUAGCGCAUUCACCCUGCUCCUUAAAAAAGAAUGGGCAUAAGCCCUCCAAAGUUGUGCAUUUCAAAGUUUUGUUUAUUUCAGUAGAAUAAAAGCAUGUGCAUGGUUAACUGAGCACAGACGUCCACCUGACAGAGUUGCUAACUUUGGAGGAUUAAUCCUACUAUAUCGUAUACAUAACAGGUUUACAAAUAAUAAAGGGAUAGCUCAUAUUUUGGAUGUGGCUGCUGUUCUUUACUGACUGGUCCAGCAGGCAACCUCAUAGAUAACAACAUUCACAGAACUUGUGAUGUGCCAAAACACAUACACUGUUCAUCUUAAAUACUGGAUAAGCCCAGCCCUGUCUCUCUAAGUCUUAAAAACUAGAUCAAAAUUUCCUUUUGUUUCCUUUCCCUUCCUACAGAGGUUUAUGAGCUAGCCUCAUAUGACUUAUUCUAAUACCUUUGUGUACCCAAAUAUUUUAAUUAAAGUAAAUUGCAGUAAAAAAUCAAGGAAAAAUACAAAAAUGGGGGCGGGCAAUACAAGAAGAAGGAAAAAACAUUGUCAGUUCACAUUAACAUUUAUACAUCAUCAAUACAUCCAUCUUAGUUUACACAUAGAGAUCAGUAUAGGCAUUCCAAAUGUCAGCUAUUUAAUUUAGUGAAGUUGGUGUUUAUAGAAAGUAUACUUCUAUAGUUUCUCUAGAUUGAAGAUGAUAUUUGGUCCUUUUUUUAUUCAGCCAUCCAGAAAGCUACUAGGUAAACAAUUUUUUUAAUUGCCCAUGCUGGGGUAUUCAUAGAAAAUGAGACUUGUCAAUCUUUCAUAUGUGUUAACAGAUAUGCCUCAUAGUACAGAGUACAUUUUAAAAUUAAUAAUCUAUGUGGCCAUCUGCUGCUAUUCAGGUUCUUCAGAAUGUUUAAUUGUACAGGAAGAGAGACAUUAAAUCAGGCAUCCCCAAACUUGGCCCUCCAGCUGUUUUGGGACUACAACUCCCAUCAUCCAUAGCUAACAGGACCAGUGGUCAGGGAUGAUGGGAAUUGUAGUUCCAACAGCUGGCGGGCCAAGUUUGGGGGUGCCUGCAUUAAAUUAUAAUGUUACUAUGCUACUGUUCUUUACUGUUAUGAUUAAUGCUCAUCAAACUAUUUUUAACCCUUUAUGUCAUGUUACCAAUUCUCAGCUUUCAGUAAAGAUUUUAGUAGAAGACUACUGAGAGUUCCAGAUUUUUAGUACCUGCUUUAACCAACCUCCACCUCAGGGCAACCUAAGGAUUCUGGAUGCUGAAUAUAAAUUAUUUUUCUUCAGAUUGUGUGCCAAAUCAGCCUAUCCCAGCCUGUGGUUUUGCCACACCUAUCACUGUUUUCCUUUAGCAAAGCUGCUCUGAAUUCUCUGCUAAUAUGCAUGUACUAGGACAUACUGUUCAGGAUUACAUAUGCAGCUUUAAUGACAGACAGAUUUACCCAGUAGUUCCAUUAGGGAACACAGGAAUGGCACAUUAUUUUUCUGAGCAGUCACAGGUAAGAAGUGCUUUCAGAUUUGUUCACUCAAGCACAUACAUGCAUACCUUUCCCCCCAAAAUAACUUCUGGGAUCCUGGCUGACUAUCUUCCAUUGAACCCUUUCCCCUCACUAGGGAAGCUGUAUGCCAUGAACUGGCAAGAUGACAGCGAGAAGGGAGAGGUGAAAGAGGAUCCCUGUGAGGAGUGUAGCCAGGACACACUGGGGCAUGCAGGGGAUGGGGAAGGAAGUACUCACAGGGUUACAGAGGAUGGUGAGGGAAUGAGGAUCAGUGCGCAGGAACCACAGCAGCAAGACCCAUCACCAGAGCCGGGCGAUGGGCCUGUCUCCAUGAACAUGGUGGGCACUGAGAGGUAGGGAGCAAUGGAAGGGGGACUCAAGAAGGCUGAGGCAGGCAAGGGCCCACAGCCCAGCUCCCUAGCUAGCCAGGUAGGGCUCGCUAGCUCUGGGAGGAGGUGUGUGAUUCCUCAGCUGGAGUAGGCUUGGAACGGGUGAGGGUGAUAUGCCUCAUCAAGCCCAGAUGCUGCAGCCAGCAUGCAAAGUUCCAAAGGGCAACUGAAGUGCUGUGUCUGCUCAACUGCCCAUGUUGAUGGACCUUGGCUUGAAUUCUCCUGGACCUCUAUGGGACUGCACUUCAGGUUUGACUCUGGACUAUAUCCUGACUGCUAGACUUGAGACUAUUGCAGGCAUAGGUAAACUCCGGCCCUCCAGAUGUUUUGGAGCUACAAUUCCCAUCAUCCCUAGCUAACAGGACCAGUGGUCAGGGAUGAUGAGAAUUGUAGUCUCAAAACAUCUGGAGGGCCGGAGUUUGCCCAUGCCUGGACUACUGCAACCCUGCCCAGCUACAGCUGUGGUUGUGCCAUGAGCUUAAGAUGAUGGAAAGCACUCCGUGCGACAAGACCACCUGUGCCUCAAGUGUCAGAAGUGAAUUCGGAACCCCCAAACAACAAACCCAGUCAUUCAGAGGAAGUGUAAUUUAAUUUAGAAAUGACCCCACAGGAAUUUAUACUGGCGAAUCCAUGGAGCAGUCAGGUCCCACCUGGAGCUAGGCAUCCAAAUAGGAACAGCACCACUGCAAUGCAGUGCCCCCCAACCUGACUCAGAACAAUACCAUGAUUGAUGAUGUCAAAAUCCACUGAGAAAUCUAAUAAGAAUCAACAGUCACACUUGUCCCAUUUCUCUCCCAGGCACAUUAUGAGCAAGGCAUUUUCCACACUGAAACCAGGCCUGAAUCUCAAUUGAAAUGGAUCUAGAAAAUCUCUCCUGCAACCUGGAUCUGGUUGGUACCCAACCACUCAAGUAGCAAAUGUCCCCUUUCUGGGCAAGGUUCUUAUCUAACUUCGAGGUGUAGGGAAGGCUUCUUCAGCAGUAGUCUUGCAACCACCUCCUUCAGGCAGCCUGGUGUAUGGGAAAUCCACCCAGAAGACAAAAUGUAUAUCAAGGAGUUAAGUGAUUAUUAUUAUUAUUAUUAUUAUUAGUUGAAUUUAUAUACCUCCCUAUACCGGGAGGUCACAUGAUUCUAACAUGGUUACCCUUUCUUUCUCUGUUUCUUACCCCUCCCUCCCAGCCUUUAGUUUUUGAAGGUGUGAGAACAGUCUUUGGUGUCCUAAUCAGUUGGGAGGAGGUGAAGCCCCCCCCCCAGCUGCCUUAAUCAGUCUGGGAGGAUAGUGCUGGAAACCUUCUUUGAUGUUGGAAAUUAUUAAAGUGAGGCAUUGGGAGGAGGUGGCUGUUUAUAAAAUUGGUUGGUUUGGGCAGAUUCUUUCAGAAGCUUAUGCACAGACUGGGCCAUGCAAACUGAGGCUACCUGGGGGAGUCACUUCGUCGCUUCUUGAGGGCUUCCAAGUGGCUGAGGGAAGGGCAUCCUUGGUAUGUAUAUAUUGCUUUCUGUUUAGAAAUAAAAUCUUCUCACUCACUUGUGUUUUGUAUUGCUUCUGAAUCUCUUUUAAAAGAACCACCUUGCAUUUGGCAAGGCACCUGGGACCACUCCUUGAAGCAUUAAUCACCUUCCUGGCCCAUUCAGCUGCCCCCUUUCUAGCAAAUUUUAUAAGCCAUGAGGUGCAAGGGUCCAAAACACAAGUGGUUGCACAAACCUAGCCAAAUACCUUGUCCAUAUUCUCAGGCCGCAGCAACUGAAACUCAUCCAAGACAAGAAAGCACUUUCCUUCAGCAGGAUCAUCAGCUGAGCCCAAAUCCUAGAGGAUGGAAGUAGCUUUAUCCUCAAAAUGCUUGGCAAGCAUGUCACAGCAAAUUCACCUUCCUAGGGCCAGUAGGCAAGAAUAAUCCUUUAUGUAGUUCAUAUAGUUCCACUCAGUGCUUUUUUUCUAAAAAAAUGUUUAGGGGUACUCUCAUUUUUCUACUCAUAUUGAAGUACGGCCCUUCAAUGAGGCCAGACACAGAUUCACAAAACGUUUUGGGGUAUGCAUAACCCUGUGUACCCCAAGAAAAAAAGCACUGGUUCCACUAGUGUGGUAGCAAUAUAUCUGCUCCCUGGAAUAAUUAAUGUAAAGGUUUGUUUUGACCAAGUUUCCAACAUAUCCAAUAUUUUAAUAUUUUGUGUGUGUAUGCUAAUUUAAAAUUUGUCAGACAAAUGAGUCAAGGUUCAUGAAUUGCAAUCUGUUCUGUAGUUAGCUCCUUUGUGCUCAUUUUUCUUGUGCUUAGUGAGUCACCUAACAAAUGAACAACUAAAUUAAACAGACUGUAUAUUAACAGAUUUCACAUAUAUGGGGUAUUGUAUGUCUGAUUUAACCAAAUGUUUGUAUCAUUUCCUUUAUGCGGUUAUAGAACUAAUAAUUCACUCGGUGUGCUGAUAACGGUGAGUGGUUUGUUUUAUAACAUAACUGAUCCCCUUUAAUAGUGAAUUGUAACUGAACUGGUAUAUUUCCCAUUACUUUGAAUAAUAGAAUUCUAGAAUUGGAAGGGACCCUAAGGAUCAUACAGACCACCACACCAGAAGGAAAGAAAGACAGAAAGUUAAACCCAAGCUCCUUCUGGCCUGUUAUUAUAUUUCCUUGAGAGAAAGAGAUAACAGAACCAGUUUAAACCAGCUGUUCAGCUUCUCUGAAGGAAUAACCCAAACAUCAGGAACCUUUUGCUUGUUUCCAGGCAGAAUAGAAGCUUAUUUGUCAGCUAGAAAUUUCUAGCUUCCACCAGCUUGUAUCACACAGAGAAGCCUCUAGAACCUUCUUGAAUAAACUAGAAUAGGAAAGAUCUCUACACUUUAAGCCAGUAUUUUCUUUACUAAGAAUGCAAACUUGACAAACUCUGGCACCUUAUUCCAAAGUAUGAUUCUGUCUACACUGCUACUUAUUCUUUGAACUUAAUGGACACUGCUAACAAGUUUUGCUAAAGUAAUGUAGGAUGGUACCAGUAGCUGCAAAUGACCAUAGGUAAACUUUUUUGAAAAAACAGGUAUAGACAAAGCUUCCUUCUCUGUAGAUGUAUCUAAUCUACCCUGCACUAAUAAUACUGGGGGAACAUCACAAUUCUGUAGGAAGCUGCCCCAUACUAUUCUAAGCAUCUUGUUUCAGGUUGAUACAAAGUACUUUUGUUUUUAUUGUAAUUAUUUGUAAGUUUUAUAAACACAUAAAAUUUUAAUUCUCUUAAUGUUUAAUUGUUUAUAGUUAUUAUUUUUCCUAUGUUUUAAGCGAUUGUUUUUAUCUGUAAGCCACCUUGAGUCCCAUCAGGGGAAAAUGUGGGAUAUAAAUAUAUACUAAUAAUACUUCACAAUUUCCCUUCUUUCUCAGUUUUCUAGGGCAUGGUUAUCUAAGUGACUUCUGUUGUUCCUCAGGACAAGGCAGCAGUAGUAGUUGUUGGGCCAUCUUGUGGGUGGGCAGGGGGACUGAGAACAGCAGAGAAGGCAUCAUUGCCUCUGCUGCAUAUGAAUUAGCAUAUUAAACUGCAACAAUUCCUAUCUGUUUCAUGUGUAUAUAUAGCAGUUGUUUGUUUAUUGCAAUAUUUACAACACAGAGAUUUUUUUUUUUUGCAAAAGUGUAGUGUGAUUAUUUUUAUUUAUUUCAUAAAAUGUAUAUACUGCUUGAUUGCAGAAAAAACCUCAAAGAGGUGUUAAGACUCAGUUUUAUUUUGCAAAUUGUCACAGUGCUCUGAAGACCACUUUUGUUCUGUAUUUUCCAUACUCUCUGGUGCACAUUUUCAUGAGAGUGAAGCACAGCAUUACAAAGUCAUUUUUGCACUACAAAGCUGUAUGUGUUAACAAGCAGUGUGUUUAUCCUUUACUUUGGAAUGGGGAUCAGAACAAAAAUGUGAUAGAAAAUAGUUGCAAACUUCUCUAGAAAUGUGUGAGGUGAUGUUGAUGUCAUUGGCAUUAGCCAAUAGUAGCCCCCAACAGCUGUUUGCAUAUAUACUGAAUGUUCCUUUCUAAGAAGAGGAACUGGGGCUUUCCAGCUUCACCUUGAGGCAAGGUGAAAAUAAGAAAAACCAGUUUAACCAAAGCAUACAGUGGGACAAAAGAAUGUACAUUUGUAUUGCAAAUAACAAUGGCAGCAUAAAACCACCCCAUCAUUUUGAUGGAAAUGCUGUCUGCCUUUAUCCCAAGAUUAUUAGAAUCUUUAUUGGAGACUUUAGUCCAGAUAGACCUGCUCCCAAAGACUGGGUGAGGGGCAAUUGAAAAUAUGGUCUUUUCUGUUGUGAUGUCUUAUUUAUGGAAUACUUGAAAGAGGGAUGCUUUUGGAAUAGUCUCCUUAUAUCUAGAUGGCAAGUUGGAACAGUUUUGCUUUUACUGCUAUGUUGUUGCUUUUUUUAUUCAGCAUGUGAUAUUUGCUUUUAUUGUAAUUAUUUCUUCUUUCCUUGUAAGUAGUUGUGAGGGCCAUUAAGAUGCAAAGAAAGAAUGUAAAUCACUUGUAACUUGAUUUGUUAUGAGAAACCCCUUCAUAUAAGAUACAUGGAAAUUCUUUCAAUUCUCUAAACAGGAAUGUGAUUUUAAAUGGCAUUAUUUCUAACAACAAUCUGAGCAUAGUAUCCAAAAAAGUAUUGUAGGAAUACAUUCGGUACCUUCCCUUAUUAUUCUGUUAAUCUUCUCUUAAUAUUAAUUUUCUUGCAAAUCAAAAUGAUGUGGCUCAUUUCAAUAUCUCAGUUUCCAAACAGCCUGUUAUUUUUCUGCUAAUGAGUUAGUAACUGUAUAAAAAGAUUAUUGCAUGUUCUUGAUUUCAGUUUUUGGUAUAAUUGCUUCAUUUAUCAUGUGCUCCUUAGAUAGUUCCUUGUAACUAAUUAAAUGCAAACAUUUGACCAUAUGACAUGCCAACUUCUGGUGUUAACUGAUGGCGUUCUACUGUAGUUAAUUAUGCAAAUAAAUUAUUUUUAACAUGUCAAUCAAGCUUUUUCGUAUUCUAUCUGCACUGAAAUAACACUUUUUAAGAUACUUUUCAGAUUGCUUGUCAAAGCCUGAAUGUUACACAGUGCAAUCCAAUGCAUGCUUACUGAGAAGUAAGUCGUUAGCAUCCUUACAAGUACAAUCUUAAUUGCCCUAAUAAAAUCAGUUCUAGCUAUAGGAUGUACAUAAUUCUCACAAUCCGAAGGCCAUACAACCACUCUUGGAAGAAUCAUGCUGCUUACGUUGUCUACCAGCAUGACUUCUAGAUCAAAAAAGAGUAAUAGUCACUAGAACAAGAAAUAAUAAGGAUCAGACUAAAAAAUGUAUUUGUCCUAAAAAGUGUAUGCUUUCCAUGUUCAGGAUUGAACAGCUAUAGAUAACAAAUACAUUUCCAUUUUCCAUUUUGGUUUUCCCAUUCCCUUGGAGAUUUCCCCCAGUGUAAGGAAAAACAAAACAAAACAAAGAACACUACAAAUGAUAUGCCCCUGGGUAAGCUCCAAACACCUAUUGUGGCUCCUUGAGGGAAGACAGAUUGUUGCUUUGAAUAAAGAUGGAAGCCUUUCCACACUUUAACGGUGAUUUCAUUUUCUGAACAAUUGUUUUUCCUCAUAGACCUGAAAUGUGAGCCAUCUCUUCGAUUACUCACAUUAAACUGUAAUUGGAUCGUGUUUCUCAAGAAUACACAUUGUCUCACAGAAAGUCACCGAGAAGACAUAAAACUAGGUAGAUUUUAAAAGAUUAAUCCCGAAGAAAAAGCUGAAUGCUGGGGAUUCAGAUAUUAUAAAACAGAUAUGUUGCAUAUAUGGUGGAUUAUCCGAGCAUACAGAAAUUUUGGGCAGGGAUAUUAACAAAGACUAAAGAUGUAAUGAAUGCGGAAGUACUAUUAUACCCUGUUAGAGGGUUGCAUGGAAGGAAAAAGUUCAGAAGAAGAAAUGGAAUUAAUUUAUUAUUUAUUGACAGCAGCAAAGGUUUUGUGGCGUUCAGUAUUUGAAGAGAAAUGAAGUACCUGGAAUAAUGGAUAGGGAAAUAAAGUGCUGGAUAUUGAUUAAAUCUGUGAAACUAAUUUUACUGGAUUAAAAAAAAAAACUAGGGAGGGAUGAAAACAGUGCAAAAUGAAUUGUUCUGAGAUUUAAAAGAAAUAACAUGGUAAGGAAAAUCCUGUUUAAGAGAAGAUACUGAUUUGAUAGCACUAGGAGUUAACUUUUAAGAAGGACCAAAAGAAAAGAAAACUAUAUAAAGAGUUACAGAAGAACUAUUAGAAAGAAUGCUAUUUUGAAUAUUGCAUCUGCAAAAAAAGGUUGUGUUGUGAUCAAUAUUUUCCUUUGAUUAUAUUUGUAAGUUUUGAUAUUAAUAAUAAGGUUAAUAAAAUUCAGCAAAAAUCAAAACAAUGCAUUUAAUUUUUAUGUGAGUGGAAUGCUCUGGCCAUAUUUUGUAUGACGUGUUUCAAACUGAUAUUCUGCUUUUGUGCCUGCAUGUUCAGCAUUCCUCAGACCAGGCCAGCAAGGCCAGUAGCUGUUGCUAGCACCUGCCAACAACCUGAUCAAUUUUUUUAAAAUGUAUUUUUAUUAAAGAUUUUCUUGAUUUACAAAGGUAUGUGCAAUGUCUCUCUCUCAUAUUCCCCCCCCACGUAACACUUUUUUUUUUUUUUUUUUACAAAUCGGUUUCAUUUGUUGAGACAUUAGGAAAAACAACCUGAUCAAUUUAACCCCUUAUUCAUUCUCAGUUAGAAAUUGUCCAUUCUUCCUGACAGCUGUGUACACUGAUAGUAAUCCCAACUGUAGGAGGUGGCAGGUUUCCCAGCCUAUGAGUCAUAAAGAUGUGUCCCUGCAACUCCUGUUUCUAUCAGGAACCUGUGCUGUCACUUUCCAACAUCAGACUCUACUUCCACAUAUCAAGGAAAACCUGAACAGAAGUGGAGAAUGCAUGGUAUUGAAACACAAUACAGCUGCCUACCAUAUGGUGCUGUGGUCUAAACCACAGAGCCUAGGGCUUGCCAAUCAGAAGGUCGGCGGUUCGAAUCCCUGCAACGGGGUGAGUUCCCAUUGUUUGGUCCCAGCUCCUGCCCACCUAGCAGUUCGAAAGCACGUCAAAGUGCAAGUAGAUAAAUAGGUACCGCCCCGACGGGAAGGUAAACAGCGUUUCCGUGUGCUGCUCUGGUUUUGCCAGAAGCGGCUUAGUCAUGCUGGCCAUAUGACCUGGAAGCUGUCUGCGGACAAACGCCGGCUUCCUCGGCCAGUAAAGUGAGAUGAGCCCCACAACCCCAGAGUCGUUCGCGACUGGACCUAACGGUCAGGGGUACCUUUACCUUUCCCUUUACCAUAUGGCAAGCAAGACUGCUACCACUGAUGUGGCUAGAGGUGCUGAUGUUUCCUUUACCACCACAUUCUACCAACCAACCAAGGGCCUGGGUACCAGGACACAUGACAACAUGCCACUGUUUGACCGCUAGACCCUGCACUACAGUCCCCAAGUGGCAUUACAUAGACCUAUGCCAAAACAUCACCAGCCAAUUUAGUAAUCCCGAGGGAAGGGGAUCUUUUUCAGCAUCUAAUUAGUCAUCUCUGUCCACCACCUGAGAGUAACAAUUUACAAAUCUUAUCAAGUGGACUCUAGUGUGUAAAAGCAUAUGGUGAGCCGUAAAGUUGUUGGCUCUUAAGGUACCACCAGACCCCUCUGUAUUUUUCAUUAUGGAUAUUGCAAAGGAAAUAAACAAUGCCCUUUGGGGUUUAUUCCUAGCUUAUCCUUCAGGAAAAUUACCGUAUUUUUUGCUCUAUAAGACUCACUUUUUCCCUCCUAAAAAGUAAGGGGAAAUGUGUGUGCGUCUUAUGGAGCGAAUGCAGGCUGCGCAGCUAUCCUAGAAGCCAGAACAGCAAUGGGGAUUGCUGCUUUCACUGCACAGCGAUCCCUCUUGCUGUUCUGGCUUCUGAGAUUCAGAAUACUUUUUUUCUUGUUUUCCUCCUCCAAAAACUAGGUGCGUCUUGUGGUCUGGUGCGUCUCAUAGAGCGAAAAAUACGGUAAUUGAUGCAUAAGUGCUGGUAUCCCAGGAACUAAUUUUGUUGCAUUAAUGAGUGAGCCAUUCCGUCCCAAAAUGUACAAUUUAACUGCAAUAGUAAACAUGCCAGUGUUUACAUAUUGUGGGAGGUAUGAAAGUUAUUAUUAUAGGUUUGUCUCUGCAGUGAAAGUUCCUUUGAUAAUAACAAUAGAAAGAGAAAGAAAAAUACUGUAAAUACAUGCUCAUCCUCUAGUAAAUUGAUUUACAUUCUCUUAAAAGGCUUUUGUGGUUCUAAUUUUUAACAAAGAGGUGCAUAUGUGGGUGAAGGACAAGCAAUCUUCUAUUUCUCCAUCAUGAUCCUUUUCCUAAAUUAGCUUAUGGCUACAUUUCUAGAAUUUCUGGCCCUCCAUGUAGCUGAGGAAUAGAUGGAAAGCUUGAUAACCUUUUUCCACAAUAAGGAUGUUCUAAAUAUGAGGACACUACCACAAUUUUUGGCAUUGGAACUGAUGGUGUCCUGUUUUGAGGAUGCUUUCCCCUAGAUUACUCAGUGUGCACAAACUUCAUUUUUAGCAAUAGGUGAAGAUAUAUUUAGUACCCUCGGUUUGUAAUAAUUUUUUCCUGCUUCUUUCUGAUUCUGGUGUUUGCUGCUGUCUUUUUUUUUUUUACUUUUGUUGUCACUGGAGUAAAUUUCGAUUUCUUUCUUCUUUUUUGUUCAUUUUUUUAGUUGUUUGCUAGAAGUUCCAGUUCAAGCAAACUUUUCCAGGCAGACGUUACACUAAAAAUAGAAAAGUUAUAGUAGAAAACAUAAAAUAUAUCCAAGAAAACAGCAAUGAGAUCUGAAACAGCAGAUGGCAGAGCAGCAUAAAAAUCACCACAGAAGAUUAAUGUUAAAAUGCCUGGGAAAAUAUUUGGAUGCAUUUGGUUCACCUGGAACCAAAAUAAGUGUUAGAUUAGCCUCUCUCUCACUAAAAUGGUAAUUUACCUCAUUGCCGUUCACUAUAACUGGCAGCUGACAGACCAGGAAGAGGCACCUGAAGAUGAUUUCAGCACACAGGUAGGCUCAUAUGCAGAAAAGUGAUUUGUCAAGUACCCUUGUCUUAAAUGGUGAAGAGCUUCAAGGUAAACACAAGCAAUUUGAAUUAGGUUCUGAAACAUACUGGGAGCCAAUACAGGCAUUUUAGCACUGGCAUGAUGUGUCCCCAAUACUUUGUUCCCAUUAGUGCAUUAGACAGCUGUGAGCAUGUUUACUGCAAUUUCUGAACCAUUUUCAAAGGCAACCUUGUGGCAUUAAAAUGAUCUCGUCUAGAAGUUAGCAGAGCGUUGAUGACUUGAGGCUAUGGUAUCUCUCUCCAGCGAGAUUCAUAGUUGGUGCAAGCUUUUUUUGCCACAGAGGCCACUUACUUAUUUUAUUUAUUAUAAUACCAUUAUACACUGUGAUUUCACACACAAAAUCAAAGCGGCUGUACAACAUUAAUAACCAAAAUAAACACCAGCUAAGACUUCUCAAAAUUCUCCUUUAUAGGUAAUUUUCAGGUGGUGGAAAAUUUCUCUUCGGAGUGAAUUUCGUGAAGCAAGACCUGGAGAACUUAGAGAAACUCAUGAAGACUUCCUGGAUGACCCUUCUCUCCAAAGUAAGAUACUAAAAGUAUAGCUUUAGUCUGAUGGUUGUUCCAAUCCAUCAUCUGUAUUCAUGUUUGCAUGAGACCUAGAUUAAUAACAUAUUUAAAGGUGAUCUAUGACGGCAACAUUUCAGAUGAUGGAAACUGCACAGUUUCUUUAUAAAAGAUGACAACAACAGUGCUAUUGAUUUGGCUUUCUUAUAUCAAGAAUUGGGGGGGGUACUUUUGAAGAUUUCAGAAGAAAUACUAAUUUGGGGAUGGAAUUGAUACCAUCUUUUAACUUCAUAUGGAGUGGUUUUGAACCACAUACUGGUUUUGGUGGAAACCCAAUGAAAAAUUGCAACGUGCAGGUGCAUAUCCCUAUUUUUUAAAAAAGUUCCAUUUCCCCUUGGGCAUCCCUUCUAACCCUACAGUUCUAUGAUUCCUGCAGAGUACAAUGUUCAGUUGGGUAUAUAUGUGAUGAGACAUUCUUUUAGGUAUUACUAUUCAUUUCAUUUCUGGACCAGUUUAUAUUUUAAAGAAAAAAUCUCAAAGUGGUUUACACCUUUCUUUCUUUCACACUGGAUUCAGUCAGGAUAUGACUAAAUUCAGACGGACUUUCUCCUCAAGCUCUGAAGAAUGAAGCACACAAACUAAGGAAGCUUGCAUGCUGCCAUUUAUACCAUACAACUCACAGCGUUUAUUGAUUUAAUUACAUCCAUCAUCUGGUUGAGUUAUCUGUGACCCUUCACCUUGUUUAACACCUUUAGAAUACUGAAAGCUUCCACCGUAGUUAGUAUCUUUAAAAUACUGAACAUGACGCUGUGAACAAUAAAACAUCAUAAUAAAAAAUAUAUAUAUAGAAGAUAUUUGGUCACUUUAACAUCCUCCCCUGAUCUAUCAGGAACUUUUAUGCAAGUUCUACUUAAAUUAAGAAAAGGAAGCAUAUCAGAAAAAAGCCAUAAUUGUGCUUCAACAAAGCUUGUGUAACAUGUUAAUUUUCCCUAUUCAAUCAAAACGAAGACUUCCCCCCCUUAAGGCAGCAUCUUAAUCCCAAGAAAUAUUAAAUAUUUGUCUUCCUAUGAGUGUAGGGUGCAAUUCUCCAAAAUCUUCCAGUCCGGCACAGUCCUUACUCCUGAACACGGCAUGGCAAUAAGGAUUUGAUGAGUUGUGCUCCAUCCAGUACUGGAAACAGCCAGAAACUCGUCAAACAAGGUUUCUAUGCUUGACAGAGACAUCUUUUUCUUCCAUCAUAACUUUCCAUUGCCUUUUCUUGUAUAUAAGCCCAGGCAGGAACAUAAUCCGGUGCAACUGAGAAACAGAAUCAGGAUGCAUCGCCUGUAUCCAUAGCUACCACAACAGGGAGCCCAAUCAGGAGUGAUAAAAACACUAAGAAGAGCUGGGAAGCAUUCCCUGUCGCACCCAUGCUGCCCAUCAUUGUUGAUCCGAUGAUCCUGAACCAAAGGCUUAGCGGGGUAACAGCCUGUGUAUUUAGGGUAUUUCCUGGAGUGGUUGGUGCUGGGAUCUUGGGAAACUGACAGUCGUCUUCGACAACACCUACUUCCUGGAAUCUGCCAUUAGAAAGAGAAAGAGCAUGUGAUUGAUUUGUGCCCCUCGGAACCGCCGGCGACUACAACUCCCCAUUCGACAUAUCAAAAACACCAAAUAAAACAAUCCAGAAUAAAACAUUACUAAGGAAAGUCAAAUAUAAAGUAUACAAUCAAAGCAACAUAAUUAGCAGGAAACAAAAAUAUUAUCUUAAACAUUUCAAAAGAAGACAGUACUAAAAGAAGUCAAAUAUAAAAUGCACAUUUAAAACUGCAUAAUUAGCAAGAAAAUAGCAUAUUAUCAUAAGCAUAGAACAAACCUGCUGUUGCUGCCACCAAUGGUGGACGGCAGUUCAUGGUGGACGGCGGUUGUGGAAUCUCAGGCUCAAUGACCUCGGCCUGCACUAAGAGACAGCCAAGAUGAUAUCUGCUCUCUUCAACAGCCUCAGCUUUUGUAGCUGGAGUCAGUGACCUCUCAGACCAGGUGGAAAAAGGCUUGCAAGGCAAGGAGCAGGUCUUCCAGGACUCACAGCCAAGAUGGUCUCCUGGUCCCAAGCUAAAUAGGGUUUGCAAUCCAAUACCAACACCUUGAAUGGGCAGCCAGUACAAUUCUGUCAAUAGUAGCAUACCAUGAUGGCAAUAUUCUGCCCCAGUGAGCAGAUGAGCUGCCACAUUCUACACUAGUAGCUUUCAGAUUAAGCUCACAUAGAGCAGUUUGCUGUCAUCCAAUCCGGUUGUUACAAGUGUGUGGAUGGCAGUGAGCAAGCUAUCCCCAUCCAGAAACAGCCAUUGAUUACCUUACCAGCUGAAGCUGGUAAAAAGCAAUCCUAGCAACUGAUGUCACCCAGACCUCUAGUGACAGAGAUAGAUCCACAAGCCUGUUCUUUCAUAUGCAAAGGAGGGUGGGGCAGCAAACUAAAAACCACACAAGACAAGUUGUCGUUUGAACAUAUGUGAGCCAAAUCCCGACUUGUUCAGCAAAUGAUGGCUUAGUGUUACUUAGGAACCAGACCAGUUUGUAUACUGCAUUUGAACGUUAUAUGUGUUCAAGUUAGCACUAUACUUUUGGUUUAGGAAAGUGAGUUUAGUGUUGUUUUUAAUUUUACAUUUUUAACCCUCAGUGUUAAAAUUACUGAUAAAACCGGUAGUCGCUACUAAGGGAGUUAACUGUGUAUUGCAACCCAGCAUUAUAUUCAAAAUCAUAUCAGAUUUACCCUUCCACUGUAAUGAAUAAUUUUGGAAUAGUUCUACCAUAUGUAUGGUGAGUCUGCAUAUAGAACUUCACCUGUUUUUACACUUAAGGUCAUCCGAUAGUGACCUCCGAAUACCACCUCCAUCAGAAGCGAGGCUUACAUCUACAAGGGAGAGGGUAUUUUUGGUAGUUACAGACUGCCCUCCCUGGGGAGAUAUACCUGGCGUCAACUUGUUUAUUCUUUCAGUACCAGGAAAACAAUUAUUAUUUCAGUCAUUUUAAAACAUUUUUAUUGACUUCAAAUUUUUUCGCUAUUAAUUGCGCUUUAUUCCUGCCAUUUGCUUUUCAUUUUUGUAAACUGCGUUGCAGUCAUUGGUAAAGGUGAACAUAUAAAUGUUUUAUAUAACUAAAUAUCUGACAGCUAUUCAAGUAAUUGGGAUAGAUAGAUCAUUAUGGACCAACCUUUGGGGCAUUUGUGCCAUACAGAAUAGUUAUUCGGGUAGCACCUAUAGCACUAGAGAGUGUGCUUUGCAUGCAAAAGAUUCCCGGUUUAAAUCCUGGCAUCUUCAGCUGAAAGGAUCAGGUAGCAGGGCUAAAACAGGAUUCUUAUGUGAGCCCUUGGCUUUCUGCUGCUGAUUGGAAUAGACAGUGCUGUGUUGAAAACAGUCUGGUUCAGUGUAAGGCAGCCUCAUAAUCCACUCUCCUAUGUCCUGUGCUUUAGGGUAGUCUUGCUUGAUGUGUAUUAAGUCAUGAGCAGGCAACAGAAACUCGCUGGGGGGGGAGGAAGUAGUAUUUUAGAGCCUAAUGGGGUAAGACCCCACUCCCAAAGCAAUCAGCUUUCAGGCUCUGUGGAAGUAUUCGUUGCCAAUUGAGGAAGCUAAAGGCAGUAGAGCAGUCCAAGGCAGGCACAGGUCACCAGCCAGAAGUAGGAAGUGUAGGCCAGGGCAGUUUCCAAAGGCAGCAAUGACGCAAGUGGCCUCAUCCUGUACAGCAAGGCAGGAGUUUGGGUUCUGGAAGGCAACAGAAGAGAGCAGGGACUUGGUUUGGUUUCAGGAAUCUGUAGCACAUCUAUCCUGUGACAAAUCAGGCCUUAGCUUGAAAAUAUAUAUCUUGCAACCGCAAAUAAUUAGACAUGUUUUUUCUGUGUUGCCUCCUUGCAGUAAUGAACUACAGGCAGAAAAUCUAACAGAAAUUCAGUCCGGACAAAGUUUAGGGAGAAAUGAUCAUAGUCGGCAUGAAUAUGUUAGAUUUUGAUGAAUUUGUAAUUUUUGCAGUUUUUAUUUGUAUUGUUUUAUUGUUUUCUGGGUUGUUUUUGUUUUUAUUGUUUUAAGGUUUUAUUGUUUUAGGCUGCGAAAGAAUAACAUUAAUUGCCAUCAGUGGAGGCUACUAUGAGGCUUGGGAUUGCUACCGUGGAGGGGCGAGGGAGGUAUGGCGGUGGGGGCAGAUGUUAUAGGCGAAGGGGAUCGAGAUACGGAUAUGCUUGUACCCCUUCCAAUCUGCGCCUCAUCCUGAGGGACGAGGGUAGGGUGAGCAAGGAUUAUUCACCUCGGUCACUGGUGCUGUGCAAUGCCAGGCCUAUAGGCAACAAAACCGCCACCCUGCAAGAUUUCUUUAUCUCGCAGGGGGUCGACCUGGCUUGUGUGACGGAGACCUGGGUGCGCGAAGGGGCAACAGUUACCUUAUGAGAGAUGGCGCCCCCGGGUUUCUCCGUCCUCCACCAGUCGCGGACUGUGGGCCGGGGGGGGAGGGGUGGCAUUAUUAAUCCAGGAAGAUUGUCCUUUCAGGGCUCUACCAUCGCCAUUGAUCCCCGGCAUUGAAUGUGUUGGCCUAGUGUGGGGCUCCGAGGAGAGCCUGGCUGUCUGGCUGGUGUACCGGCCACCUAGCGCACCAGCAGCCACCCUGUCAGGCCUAUUGGAGGCGGUGGCCGGCUGGGCCUUGGAGUUCCCUAACCUAUUGGUAUUGGGGGACUUCAACAUCCAUGCUGAUGCCACUCCCUCCUCACAGGCUCUGGACCUGGUGUCUUCCAUGGCGACACUAGGGCUCUCCCAGUUUGUUUCAGGCCCCACACAUCAAGCAGGCCACACGCUGGAUUUGAUCUUUGGCGUAGGUAUAGAUGUGAUCAUGUCUCCUUCGAUGAAGGUGCCAUGGUCUGAUCACUACGCUCUGAAAGCCAGGAUUGACUUUCCACCCCCACCCUGCUUAGGUGGCGAGCCGAUUUGGGCUCGCCCGCAGAGGCUGAUGGACCCUGAUAGAUUCCGCCAAGCCUUGCGGGACCUUGCUCCCCCUGGCGACUCAUUGACUGAGCUUGUUGAGGGCUGGAAUAUCCAGCUCCUGGCAGCCAUCGAUGAGAUCGCACCUAAGCACCGUCUGCGACCCCGGAGAAACCGGGCUCCCUGGUUUACCGAGGAGCUCCGGAAAAUGAAGCGGGACCUCAGACGGCUAGAGCGAGUAUGGCGGGGUGCCCGUGACGGAGCCUCAAGAACAUCUUAUAGGGCUUUUAUGAAAACCUACGAGAUGGCGGUGAAGGCUGCUAAGAAGUCUUACUUCUCGGCCUCCAUUGCAUCCGCUAGCUCUUGCCCGGCGCAAUUAUUUAGUAUAAUCAGGUCUUUAACGUCCCUUGAUGGACAGCCAAAUUUAAAUAACAAUUUGACACACAGCUGUGAGGCAUUUGCGAGCUUUUUUGCAGAGAAGGUCUUGUUGCUCCGCCAUGACCUCCCUGCCAAUUUGGAUACAAUAAAGGAACUGGAGGCCCCUCGACUGUCCUCGGGUCCAGUAUUGGACCACUUCAACCGGAUAUCCCCAGCCGAUGUGGACAGACUCCUCCGAGCUGGAAAGCCCACCAUCUGCCCUCUCGACCCGUGCCCGUCUUGGCUGAUUAGAGUGUGUCCAGACGAGGUGCGGGCCCUCCUGGGGGAUAUCAUCAAUUUGUCCCUUGGCACGGGGACAUUCCCAGGGGAACUGAAGGAGGCAGUGGUGCACCCGCUCUUAAAGAAAACAUCAUUAGAUCCUUUAGAUCUAUCCAAUUACCGCCCGGUUUCGAAUCUUCUGUUCCUGGGUAAGGUGAUUGAGAGAGCGGUUGCUGAACAGCUUGCUGGGUUUCUAGAUGAAACAUCGGCUCUGGAUCCAUUCCAGUCCGGCUUCCGCGCUGGUCAUGGGACCGAGACGGCUCUGGUUGCCCUAACAGAUGAUCUUCGUAGACAGCUGGAUCGAGGUGGGUCGGGGCUGCUGAUUCUUCUAGAUCUGUCAGCAGCUUUCGACAUUGUUGAUCACGAACUUCUGGACCACCGCCUUGCCGACGUGGGGAUCCAGGGCACAGUCCUUCAAUGGCUGCGCUCGUUUCUCUCUGGUAGGGGACAGAGGGUGGCGCUUGGGGGGGAAUUGUCAUCGCGCCACUCCUUGGUGUGUGGAGUACCUCAGGGUGCGAUACUCUCCCCGAUGCUUUUCAACAUCUUUAUGCGCCCCCUUGCCCAGCUUGUCCGGAGUUUUGGGCUGGGUUGCCAUCAGUAUGCUGAUGACACCCAACUCUAUUUGUUGAUGGAUGGCCAUCCUGACUCGGCCCCAGACACACUGACCAGAUGUUUGGAAGCUGUGGCUGGAUGGUUACGUGGGAGCCGGUUGAAGCUAAAUCCUUCGAAGACAGAGGUCCUGUGGCUGGGACGGGACGAUAUGGGAUUGGGGGCAACUCCCAUCUCUUGCGGGGCGCAAUUAGUGCCAGCACCGUCCGUUAAGAGUUUGGGUGUAAUCUUCGACACCUCCCUUUCCAUGGAGGCGCAGAUUGCAGCUAUAACAAAGGCGGCAUUUUUCCAUCUCCGCCAAGCUAAGCAGUUGGCUCCUUACCUCUCUCGCCCUGACCUAGCCACUGUGAUCCACGCGACGGUCACCUCCAGACUGGAUUAUUGUAACUCGCUCUAUGUGGGGCUGCCCUUGAGACUGACCCAUAAACUCCAGCGGGUGCAGAAUCCUGCAGCGAGACUCCUUACGGGGUCUUCGCUGCGAGAUCACAUUCACCCAGUGCUAUACCAGCUGCACUGGCUCCCGGUGGAGUACAGGAUCAGGUUUAAGGUGCUGGUUUUAACCUUUAAAGCCCUAUACGGCCUAGGACCCUCGUACCUACGGGACCGCCUCUCCUGGUAUGCCCCACAGAGAAACUUACGGUCUUCAAAUAAAAACAUCUUGAAGGUCCCAGGCCACAGAGAAGUUAGGCUGGCCUCAACUAGAGCCAGGGCCUUUUCGGCCGUGGCUCCGAUCUGGUGGAACACUCUGUCACAAGAGACCAGGGCCCUGCGGGACUUGACAUCUUUCCGCAGCGCCUGCAAGACAGAGCUGUUCCACCAGGCCUUUGGCCAGGGCACAGCCUGACUCCCUCCCUCAGCAAUCUUCGCGGAGCUCUGGCCCAAUGGUUGCCAGUGGCUUGAAUUAAUUAAUUUUAUAAUGAAUGAUUUUAGAGUGUUGUUUUUGCUGUACUUUUGUACUGUUUUAUUGUUGUUAGCCGCCCUGAGCCCGGCUUCGGCUGGGGAGGGCGGGAUAUAAAUAAAUUUUUUUAUUAUUAUUAUUAUUAUUAUCAUUAUCAUUCCACACAGCUUGACAGAGAGGCUUCUGUGGGGACCUAUCUGGAGUCAACUGCCAAAAGAUUUCUCCAGCAGAACUGAGACAUGUAUGAUGAGUUCAGAAAAUGGAUUGGGAUAUGGAUAUACAGUGGUACCUCGGGUUACAUACGCUUCAGGUUACAUACGCUUCAGCUUACAGACUCCGUUAACCCAGAAAUAGUACCUCGGGUUAAGAACUUUGCUUCAGGAUGAGAACAGAAAUCAUGCUCCGGCAGUGCAGCAGCAGCGGGAGGCCCCAUUAGCUAAAGUGGAGCUUCAGGUUAAGAACGGUUUCAGGUUAAGAACGGACAUCCGGAAAUAAUUAAGUACUUAACCCGAGGUACCACUGUAUAGCCAGCAGGAGUAGUAGUCUAGGAAAUAGACUAGACUGGAAAGAGCAGAAGGCACAAGGCAACAGGGAGUAGUGAGGUCGGAAGGUUUUUCUGGAGCCAGUCUGACAGGAGGCUUCUUCAGAAAAUACCAUUCCUUGCAAGCAGUGCCUUAGGGAGCAAUCAUAUGCUCAAGAAGCUGGCAUAAAUCAAUCUGGUGUAAAUUUACACCGGAACCGAACUCCUUUCAGGAGCAAGACUACGGCCAGGUGAUCCAGCCAUAGCCUGUCAGAAGGAAAAUAAGAUUACAGAAUAGAGUUUGACUUAAACUACCCUUUUUGUCAAGUCACAUGACUGAACUGACAGUUAGGAUCCAGCUUAAGCUCCCACCCCUUCUUGGGAACUUACACUGGCCUUGGCUCAGCUGGCUGAGCCCCAGCUGAUCCAGGAUGGGCAAGUUAUACUGGCAUAUUUUUGGCUGAACCCAACUGUGGUGGGAUGCUCCCAGCUCAGCCAGAAUUUCACUGCAUCCCAUCAGAAGGCCACGGCCAUGAAUUAAGGUUCUGAAUAAAAAAUUAACCAGCCCUGCUUUUUUGUAUUUCUUUUGAAUCUCUCCCAGCUUAGGAAGCUUUAAGUCUUAAAUAUCUGUGGAAACUGAGAAGGGAAUUUAUGGAUUUGUGAACAAGGUUAUGACAGGGUUAAUAAAUGGAGCUGGAGAUAGUAUUUACAUGAGCUGUUGAUAGAUGAUGAUUUUAUUCCAACUCUGUGGCACAAAGUACUGAAUAUACAACAUUCCAUAACCAUUCAGCUAAUUUUAUCUCUAGUUUUUAAAGUUAUUAAUUAACAUUUGACUUGCCUCUCAGUAGUUGGUAUACAUGAUACAGUUUUUAUGUGUCUUAUAAUGCAAGAAGACGUUCCCAAAUGCGCUGUUGUAAAAUGUUUGUUCCUCAAGGAAAGAUAAAAUAAAAUAAAUUAAUUUUGUCAGUAAAACAUUAAGCCAGUCAUUAUCCUACAUAGGUACUUCCAGCUGUUAGUAGAAAGCUUAUGAUACAAACCAUUUUAAAUAAUCAGGAACUGAUAAUGGUUUUUAAAUGCUCAUAAUAGCAUUUAAACAUCACACAGAGAGAAGCAACCAAGUUCAGCAGCAGUCAUGCACUUGCCAAUUUAUGCCUGGUUUCAGGGCAUUGUCAUGCUAUUUAAUUUGAUUUUGCAUUUGAUAAUCUGCCUACAAGCCUUGGGAAAUUCGUGAUUCUCUACACGUCAGCAUUCUAGUAACAUUUAGGCAGCUGUGUGUUUUGUUUGUGGUUUUAAUUUGAUAUACUGGUGUGUUUUCAGUAAGUUAGUGCAAAAUAUAUUUUAAAAGAGGUGUAGCCUUCCUCCUCAACAGAAGGAGUCCUUCCAUCAGAAGAAGGGCACCUUUAAAUUCAAUACUUUAAAAUAAAAAAAGGAACACAGCAGCCUGACAAAUUGCUAUUCAUCCAGGUAUCUUAUGAUGGCAGCUUUAAGAUAGCAACCAGAUGAUUAAACUAUUUAUAAUAAAGAUAACCAUGGAAAAAUUGAUCAUAUGAACAAAUUUUGUACCAUAGAGUACUAUCCUAUGCAUAAGAAAGAUAUGCUACUGCUGGAUUAAACUCUGUGAGUUGCACUGUAUCCUUGAAUCCCAAACUGGGCUGGAUCUCUGAAUGGAUAUUAUCUUAGCUGGAUUCAACCCAUGGGCUUUUCCAUCCAAUAGGAGGCUUUUGGCUCCAUAGGAGGCUUUUUUCAAAAAAUAAUUGCUGCACUGAGGAGUGAGGAGCUUAAUGGUGUGACUGUGAGGGUGUGGGUGAAUUGUGGGUAUAUGUGUGUACAUGUGUGUACUAGGCAGCAUACAUGUGUACUAGGCAGCAUCUUAAAAAGCAGAGACAUCACCUUGCCAACAAAGGCCCGUAUUGUUAAAGCUAUGGUUUCCCUAGUAGUGAUGUAUGGAAGUGAGAGCUGGACCAUAAAGAAGGCUGAUCGCCAAAGAAUUGAUGCUUUUGAAUUAUGGUGCUGGAGGAGACUCUUGAGAGUCCCAUGGACUGCAAGAAGAUCAAACCUAUCCAUUCUGAAGGAAAUCAGCCCUGAGUGCUCACUGAAAGGACAGGUCGUGAAGCUGAGGCUGCAAUACUUUGGCCACCUCGUGAGAAGAGAAGACUCCCUGGAAAAGACCCUGAUAUGGGGAAAGAUGGAGGGCACAAGGAGAAGGGGACGACAGAGGACGAGAUGGUUGGACAGUGUUCUCGAAGCUACCAGCAUGAGUUUGACCAAACUGCGGGAGGCAGGGGAAGACAGGAGUGCCUGGUGUGCUCUGGUCCAUGGGGUCACGAAGAGUUGGACACGACUAAACGACUAAACAACAAGAAGUGUGUACAUGUGAAUUUGUGUGCAUGGGUUGGCCCAUCCAUGAGGCAGGCUGAGGCAGCCACCUUGGGUGGUGGAAUGCCAAGAGGAUGCACCUCCAGAGGCCCACCCUGCUGCCUCUGCCAGCAGCAGAGAAGUGCCAGUGGCAGCAGCGGCAGCUUCCGGCGAGAUCUCACACACUUCGUGAGUUCUCUGCAAGAUCUCACGAGAUCUCACCACAACCCACCACUGCCACUUUGCAGGUGCUGCCACACAACCCAGGUAAAGGAGACUUCAUUGGGGCAGCAGCUUCCUGCUUCACCUCUAGCAGCGAAACAGGGUGCACCAACCAUGGUUUAUGAUAUCUGUGUAACAGUGUUGGGAAUGAGAAAAUUGGCCUUCAGUCUACAAAAGAUUCCCUGUUUCUGUGUAUUAUAUCGUAUAAUAAUAAUGCCCCCGCCCCCCGCGCUGGCAAGGACAGUACAAAACAGGAAACGGUGGGUGGGUAAGAGAGAAAGAGGGACGCCGCACCCAUUUUUUAUUUUAGUCCUGCCCAAUAUGGACUUUGAUUCCGCCUACCACUGGCUGUGCCCCCAGUUCUUGCCAGCAUGCUGCUCCCAAUAGAUUACCCAAAGAAAGGUGGCUCUCAGCCAAAAAAGGGUCCCUCACCUUUGAUCUAAUUGAUCACUAGCUCUUGAAAAAGACAACCAGAUACCCCUGCAAAGCCCACUAAUGUGUAUGUUGAUACUUAGAGUUUACAUCUUUUUAUCAUGAUUACCGAAAAAUCUGAUUAACUGAGCGUGAUGUUUCAUGGCUAAUAGCUGUUUGUAGUAUUUGUCUACCUGUUUUUACAGUUGUCUAUGCAGGUAGUUGUCCUGUGACAGCUUUCUUUUGAGAGUCCUGAAUUUGUUGCCAGUAAUUACACUGGUAACUAUGACUUGAGAACAGAGGUCAGCAACUAAAGAUUUCGUUUAUUAGUUAGUGCCAACAAAUGAAAUUCAGAGCCCUUCCAUCUCUUUGUCCUUGUUGCCAUCUAUUAUUGAGGAGAAAUAUCGCUGUAUCAAAAAAGCAAGCAAGCUAUCGUUUUUGCACAAUUGUAGCCGUACACAGUAGCAAGUAUAAUUUGGUUCCAGUUUAUUAGAUUCCAGGACACAAUGGAAAACUUGCCUUUCACGUACAAAGAUGAACAAAGAUUGUCUAUGUGAGAUAACGUUUGUGAAGCACUUGGAGACUAUACAGGGGAAUAAAAAUGCCAAGUACUAUUUUAAUUGUUUUAUUACAUAUUACAGUAAUAAUUCUUAUACAUUAUAGGUUUACAGUAUCAUCUAGUUAUUCAAAACUAGUGUUGAAUAUGAAUAGUUGCACUUGCCCUGAAAUACAGUCUUUCACUCUCAAAAUUUACAGGAAGCAUAUUGCCAGUCUAACUAAGAAGGAAGACCAGAAUGUGUGGGUAAUGGAUAUUAAACUGUCUUAUCCAUUCUUUUCAACUAUAGAAUUGAUGCCAGGUUGAGUUAUGCAGCUUUACUUAUUAACAAACUUCAACUGUGAGAUUUAAGUGAAUAAAAUACACUAAUAUAUGUAUUUUAAUUCUCAUGUAAGUUCAGCAGCUCAAAUCAUUCCAGUGGCCUACCACGCAACAAUGAUUUGAAGGGUUUCACCACACUGAAACAUUCCCGUUUGGUGUUUACUAUUAAUCUCAGAUAGUAGUUUAAUUCAGUUUUUCAAGGUUGAAACUAACAACUUCAAAUAUAUUCUUUCAAUACUGAAAAUUGGUGGGUUUUAUGAUGUGUGGUUUAAUACAUACUUCCUAACCUUUACUGUUUCUAGCAUGGUAAAACAUAUUAUAUUUAGCAUUACGUUUAGAAGAAUGGCUGAUCCUUUGGAACAUAGUAUAAAUCUUGGUUUUUGGUUUUUAACACAGUUCAAAUAGCCAUCGUGUUUGGAGGAGAUACUCUGGAUCAUAUCUUCAACAUGUGCCGGGGGAAUUACGAUUUCCUAGUGAGACUUCCUGAUCCAUUGCUUUUGUACAUCAUGUCCUAUUUGGAUCUUGAAGAUAUUGCCAGACUUUCUCAAGUAUCUCACAGAUUUGAAACGGUAAAAAAGAAGAAAAAGCAAUAUUUGAAAUGUGUUCACUUGCAGUUUAGCUUCAACAAAGAUGAGUGCCUUCAGUUAGUGUCUGUCUAAUGACUGUCCAGUCAUGAUGAAUUACCAAAAAGUACCAAGGAGUGCUAGUUAUUGCAUGAGGAUGUAAAUAAACAUUUUGAGGUACUGGGGAUAUAGAUUCUCUGGGCUCCUAGGGUGAAAAAGCUAAUGACUGUCCAGUCAUGAUGAAUUACCAAAAAGUACCAAGGAGUGCUAGUUAUUGCAUGAGGAUGUAAAUAAACAUUUUGAGGUACUGGGGAUAUAGAUUCUCUGGGCUCCUAGGGUGAAAAAGCUAACUCAUGAUGUGGUCAGCUUUAUUAAACUAAGUUCAUCCAGGAAAGUGCAUUGCUAUACGAUAUUCUUUAUCUUAAUACAAUUAGGUAGCUGUGUUGGUCUGACUCAGUCGAAAUGAAUUAAAAAUUUAAAAAAAUUGUCCAGUAGAACCUUAGAGACCAAGUAAGUUUGUUCUGGGUAUAAGCUUUUGUGUGCAUGCACACUUCUUCAGAUACAUGCACACAAAAGCUUAUACCCAGAACAAACUUACUUGGUCUCUAAGGUGCUACUGGACAAUUUUUUGAUUUUUUUAUUUAUUUCGACUUUAUCUUAAUAUUUAUGCUUGACCCUUUUCUACACAUCCGUUCCUGCACCCUUCCUGCAUUAGACCUCUGUGCCUUAAACAUCCAUCUCUUGAAGACAAACUUCAUUGUAUCUUUAGCUGUCAUAAGAUUUUGUUAUCCUGCUAGAUGAGAUGUAAUACAUAAUCAGAAAUUUAUUGCCUCCCUGUUAUUUUUCACAGCACGUGACAAUUUCAUGAAAACGACUGCACUGAUUUUAAAUGCUUGCACAUGACUGACUUAAACAAAACACCACCAGAGGGAGCUAAUGCCUAAUGCAAAAGAGAAAUUCAAGCAAGGGCAGUUUUCUUGUAUCGUUUGGCAGCCAUAUAAUCUUUCAGCAGAUUAAUUACCUGAUGUAUGCAUGUUUAAAUAAGAAAAUAUUGGGCAGCCCCAAGUAUCUAGGAUUCUGCAUUUCAUUCUUCAAUCUGAAAGCAUUACAGCAGAUUUGUGGUGCGGGACAUGAUGGCAGAGUAGUUCUUUCUGUAGAUUAUUUUAAUAUGUCAUAUUUCAUUUACAAAGUGCAAUUCAGAUCCAUAAUUUGAUUAAAUGAAAAAGUGAGAUUUACUUUGUAAUUCUGUAUAUGCCUACUCUGAAGUCAGGAAGUGGCAAAUGCUAGCACUGAAGCAUAGACAAAGGUGAUUCAAUCCAUCUGUGGUGGCAGCACAGCAAAGAAAAGAAAAAAUGCAUUGAGUAAAGUAGAAUAUUCCCAUGCAAUAAUUAUGUGUUUUAAAAUGCAAGGGCAUUGUAGCUUGAAAGAAUCUGUAGAUGGUUCAAUCCAAAGUAAGAAAUACUAUAUGCUAUAAUUAACAACACUAUAGAAAAUUAAGGUAAUGCAAUAUCCAGGCAUUCAUUUCUUUGGAAAAGCUCCCAUCAUUACUGUAAAUCAAACAGCCAGCAGUAAUUCAAAUAUUUGUUCUCCUUCAAAUAACUGUAUUUUUAAAAUGACACUUGACUAAUGUUUAAGGCUAAUACAUUUUUGUUUCUUUUGCAAAUAGUUAUGCAACUCUGAUAAACUAUGGGAAAUGAUUGUACAAAAUUUAUCGGGCAGAAUUACCUCAGAAAUGAGAUCCCUGGCACACGAGGUGGGCUGGAAGCAGUUCUUCUUCACUAACAAGAUUCAACUGCAGCUCCAACUCAGAAGAAGAAGACAGAUGAAAACUGAAUCAUCAGAUAGCCUGUCAGAUUAAAGGAGUGCUUUUCCUAGCUGGCGGUAACAACUCUAAUGUAUUUGUUCCAUAAAUGUCUUGCUUUGUUUUCUGGAAAAAAGAAAUUGAGCUGCAGGUAUAAAAUUAAUGUGGGUCCUGCCUUGAUGAACACUCAUUAUGAAGGUGUGCAAGAACAACUUUUUUGUUUCGUUAUUUCAUUUAUUUUCAUUGGGUAAAAAACUUCGUGAGUUUCGUUCAUUUACAGCACAUUUGUUUUCAUCACUCCCCUGUUUUUGCAUUGUCUUUAUUUUGCUUUUUCUUAAGGGCUGGUCAUGGAAACCACUUCUUUGUAGCCUGCAAUUUAUUUUUCCAGAAAGACCUAGGCAUAGUGUUAACCCAGGGAAUUUGAUGGUGGUAAGGGUAGUAUUAGCUGCCACAAAAACGAUGAAGGCACCCACCCCACCCCCGGGCCUGGGUGCAAUUUUCCUUUAAAAAUGCAUUGAAAUGACACAACAUCCAGGGUAUUCUGGGGAAACAAAAUGGCAGCUACCAGGAGGAAGCUGCUGAAAGCAACUGAUGUUUCCUGUAGCUGCAACUUAAUUCACAAAGAAACAAUUCCCUUUCAUUUUGUAAGAUAUGAAACAUCUAUACAUAGUUUGAGGGACCUGAUUAACUACAAUAUAAUGACCUUUUUUUUAAAAAAAGGUUGAAUACUGUGUAAAUAUUUCUGAAGGCUAUUAUAUUUUUAAUAGCCAAAUGUUAAACCCACUUUUUAACAAAAACAUAAAGAACUGCAUGGAACAAUGACACUGCUCCCCCAAUUUCCAUCCUAAAUCAGGAAUAUCCACUUGCAAGUCCAGAAAAGUAUUAUUUGCUCCAACCAUGGCUACAGCUUUCAAGCUACCACUAAUGUUUACAAAGGACAUGCAAUGUUGUUACUUGGUGUUGUAAUACUUUUAAGACUAUACUAAUAUUCAACUGAAAACAAGAUUAAUAUGGUUUGGUGACUUUCUUCAUCUGAGAUUGCCUUCUGCUCCAGUGUUUAUGAUACAGUUCAAAAUGAUAUAUAGUACAUUUUCUGUUUUGCCAUAUUUAAUAAAAUGUGCCACUCAAAAUUUAGGCCUUACAAGUAUUUCACCUUGAGUUUGGCAGAGAAAAAAUUAACUUUUUUUCAAUAAUCUUCAGGUUUGCUUAUGUCCUUAAACAUAAUUUGCUUAGGGUAUGCUUAAUGACUUGAUUUCCUUGAUUUUAGAAACAGUAUUAGAGUCUAAAUCUUGUCUUAAAUGAUCAGUAAGGGUUUUUUGCAGUACAUUUUAAAAUACUGUGAAAAUAUUAAGUAUUAUUAUAGAACACUUACAGUCCAAAUUGUGUCUUGAAUGAACAAUAUUUUUAAAUAAAUGUAUAAAUAACGUGAAAACGUUUUCCUGUGCUUAGUGUUGUUCUGAAACUACUGAUUAUUUUUUUCUGAACUGUGUUUUAAUCUGCUAAUGUUACACCACAGAUUUUCAUUAUUGCUUGACGUAAACUGAAGGGUUCUUAUGUAAUUCAAGUAUAAUCAUAAGUACAUAUGUAUAAACUUUUGGAAUUGAAGCCUAAAGGGUGCAAUUCUCCCCUAGUGACAGUGCAGGAAGCCAAGCUCUGGCAAAUGCCACUCACGUAAGAGCCCAGGCCCCCACCCCAUCGCCUAGUAGUUGUGCUGGUACCACUGAAACUACUGCAGCCAGUCUGGCCAGUCACAACACUUCCAGCACCUUUUCCCUCUGAAAACAAGGGACAAGCCUUGCUAGCAACUGCUCCAGCCAGUGGCUAAUGAAUGAUGCAACUGACUUCCAUUUCUAGACAUGUCUGAGAUUUACUAAUAUUCAGCUGUUGGUGUCAGAGAUUUUUUAAAAAGCCUAGAAUUACAAACCAUCAUGAUCCUUCUUCAGUCCUUAAUCACACUUCUGGUCUAAAGCUGAACCAGUUGUCCAUUCUUGUUUCUAAUGCAAACUGGAUUAUCUCUAUAGUUGUCCCUAGUAGGGUGAUCGUGCCACUGCAUGAUUGGCAGCCAGUGUGCUGUAGUGGUUAAGAGCGGUGGCCUCGUAAUCUGGUGAACUGGGUUCACAUCUCCGCUCCUCCACAUGCAGCUGCUUGGGCUAGUCACACUUCUCUGAAGUCUCUCAGCCCCACUCACCUCACAGAGUUGUGGGGGAGGAAGGGAAAGGAGAUUGUUAGCUGCUUUGAGACUCCUUAGGGUAGUGAUAAAGCAGGAUAUCAAAUCCAAACUCUUCUUUUGGAGCGCUGUGGGCUUGAGGAUUGUGCUGCAAGUUACUAAAAAGUUUCAUUAUCAUAUAAAUGUAUAUGACACAGAGGAUACAUUUUAGUAAGUAUGGUAAAAUGCUAUUAACAAUAAUGUGAAUAAAUAGAAAAAUGAAUUACAGUUCAAAGCAAUAAACAUCCGCAUUUCAUAUAAUUAAAUUUGUGAGCAGUCUCUCUAAAAUUACCAGUAGCAUUCCAACAACAAAACAAAAGCUGUCAUUGAAGUACAUAUUAUCAUUAUUUUCCUUUUACAGUACUACAUUUUCUUGAUAUUCCAGCGUUGCACUUACAUAUUUAAACAAGAAUUUAAUUUACACACAAAAAGCACCCUUAAUAAAAUAAUUGAAAGAUAGUUAAAAAAUAAUUGAAAGAUAAAUGCAAAGCACCAAACAUUAGGCUGCUUCACAUACUUCCCUGGCCAGAAAUAACCUUUUGUGCCAGAAAUCAUCCCUCUUCACCACAUCCAAAGGAACAUGUUCUUUAGGAGACCCAUAUACCUGUAUCCUGAUGGUGCAAUCCUAAAUCCCACAACAUUGAUGGCUUAGGUUAGGAUGCACCAGUCUCCCACCGGUGGAGAAUGUCCCUAAUGGAGGUGGCUCUGCUGCAGUGGAAUACCCACCUCCAGCCCAGUAGGCAGUAAGCUACCAUCAGCAAUAGCCAGCAGAAAGCUCCAAAAGUAGGGCAUUAUGGUGCCAGAUCCACUCCCCCCCACAAAAGGCUGGAUCCAAAAGCCAAUGGAGAAUUAGCUGCUCAAUUCCUCCAACCCCCCCAUUAUGAUUGCUCUGUGGUUUGUGUUCCCUUUCCUCAAUUUGAAAGGGAUGAAUAGUGCAAAUCCCAUCUCCAUGUGUAGUGCCCAUGCUAUACGUUACCUUAGGUCAGUGGUUCUCACGAGUGUAGCGCAGACUUCCUUUAGCUCGUGGAAGGCCUGGUAAAGUGGGGAGGCAAUGUUCCAAAGAGGGGCUGAAUUCUGAAGAAAUGGGUGAAUUAAAUGCCCCCUGGCAGAAGAUGAUGACUGGUGCAUCAUCGUCUGGGUGCAAUUUGGAAAGAAGAGUUCAGAACGCUGCUUUCUUCUGAUGUUGUUUUGCUGUGCAUGACUUUAUGAGGAAAACAGAUGUUCUGUUCCUCUUCUAAUGCCAUGUUUUCAGUACAUAUAGCAAGAUCCCUAUAUAGGGAAAGGUAUACACGUGUACAAGGAUCUCUAUUGUUUACAUAUGGAACAGCCCAAGAGACUGGUGCAGGGAUGUCAACAGCAGAGGGUAGAUUAAAUUCCAGAGAAGUGACUUGAGUUCAAAAAGUUGGAGAAACACUGCUUUAGAUAAAAGCACUUCCUUUGCUACCACAUGGAAGGGAUCACUAACUGAGUAAAUGUGUGAACCAGCCAAUUCUAUACUGCCCCACCAUGUUCUCAUAAUUUUUUAAAAUGUAAUGCACUUAAAGGUUUUGUUGUGCUCCCUACCAAAAACAAAAACCCAUACAGCACAGUUUGGAAAAGCCGUAUUCAGGUUUACAAUGUAUAUAUAUUUUGUUCUCUGUAUAUAUAAUCAAACAUUCUGUAUUAUAUUCUGAGGAGUUGCUUCUCAGAUAAAAUAUAUACCCUUGAUAAAUUUCACCCUGAGAAAGUGGCUCCUUGAGGUUACACAAUAAAAUUAAAAACAGUACAGUAAAUUACACAAACAAUAAGGCAGCCAGGGAUUUCUGUAUGCAUUUGGAAACAUUUUUUCCCAGACUAAAACCCUCUGAGGGAAUGUUAAACUGCAACGUUUUGGGAGGCAGUAAAAUGAACACUAAAGAUCCUUUCUAGUUGACUUACAACCAAGAGAUUGUCUUUGGCAAAAAUCACAGGGAGAUAAGAUGGUUCUCCACAAUAGUGGAAGGCAGUACACCAAAGGCGAAAUGUUUUCUAAGCCUCUUCAGAAGGGAACAACUUGCAGUGGAGAAGCAGCAGAGAUUUGGGAUGCUUCACCCCUUUUGCUUUUUUCAUUUUGCUGCAACAGGUCCCUGCAAUUCUAAAGUCAUGUACUGCAAGAUAAGCACCAUCUGGAAUCCUAGAAAAGUAUCUUAGGGAAAGAAGUUCCAGCUCUAAAAGCAGUCAGCCUGAAAAGAAUUAAUCAUCCACUUCUCCACCCCCCAAAAAAUACCUUGCACUAAAGCUGCUGUGCCUAGAAUUUUUUUGGCAUGUUUGCAUUUUGAUGUGCAACAUAGUCCUUACUGUAUUUUACAAUUAGACAGAAACACUUCCACAUCUAAAUUAUUUCGUUAUUACAAUCCAAUCCUGCUUUUGAGGCAUAAUGCAUCAGGGAAAAGAAUCAUACACUGGACUUCCAAGAGCUAGGACAAUGGUAGACUUUAACUCCUUUGCAGUAAUUUUGGGAACUAGCUUUGUCCCUUGGUUGCAGAGCUUCAGAAGCUGCUUCCCAUGCACAAACAGGGGCAGCUUGCUGUAUGGCAGGGGGGCACUACACAAGAAGCUAUUUAAUCUUAGGGAGGGAGAUUGAGAUGGUGAAGAGUGCCACAAUCCUUAGUGCUGCAUUUGCAGAGGCCAUGAUUAGUGCCCCUUAACAUCAGCAGGCUGUAUGUUCCAGCCUUGCUUGUUUAACAGAGGCAUGUGACAUAGCAAUUACACGGGGGGGGGGGGGGAGAGAGAUCUGACAUAUGAGGUAUGGCAUGCUCUGACUGCUAAUUUAACCAAAGCCACAGAAGGCGAUUCUGAGCUGCUCCUAUCAACUCUUGUGAAAUUAAAUAAACAAUCAUCAUUUCCACCCUAUUCUGUUAUCCUAACUGAUAAUACUGCUGCAAGAAAAACUGGAAUUGAACUCUGCAGAGGAAAAGGCACCACUGUACCUCUGCAACUAGGACUAAUAGUAACUGCUACAGUUGAACUAGGAUCCACAGACACUGUCAGGUCAAUCCGACUGGCAGCUACCUAAAUCAUCAGCAGUGAAUCAUCAGCCUCACUACUGAUACUUUAAUCCUAAGAACCAUGAUGUAGCUCCCCACUAGUAACCACUUAAAGCUUUGGGCUUUUGUUGCCAUUGUUCCUUCUUUCCCAUGUUGCUAUCUCAAGGUUAAUUUAAGCUAUCGCAAAUAGAAUAAAUUGCUCCGUGGUCUGCAGACACAAAUCAUUUAUCUCAUAAUAAUAAAAACCACACCAUUUUCAUUAUCUUGAGUCCUUAAAACAAGAGUUGGGAACCUACUGCCCUUCAAAUGUUGCUGAACUACAACUCCCAUCAUCCUUGACCACUGGCCAAGCUGGCUGGGGUUCAUGGGCAGUGGAGUCUAACAGCAUCCAGAGGGCCAAAGGUUCCCCAGAAACUCUCAUUAAUUUGUGCAGUAACAUGUCACAGGUUGGCGUCUGGAUGAUGUUCAACAACUAAUUUAUCAACAGUUGGAAUAACCAAUAGAGAUGAUUCUCAUAUGUGUGAUUCCUAAUGGGGCUAAUUAUUUUCCCCCUUCCCUUUUUCCUGUUAGUGUAAAUAAGGAGUAACUGCAUUCCAGUCUGCUGAAUUGUGCUUGUGUCAAACCUCUGUGAAUAACAAAAGAGAGAACUUAUUUUCAGCUACUGAUCAAAGCUGCACCAUUGUGUCAGUAGGAUGUUCAGCUUUUGAAAAGGUGCCAAUAAAACUACCAGCUGUAGUCUUGUUUCCACUACUCCGUUGAUAGUGGCAGUGUGAACUUUAUUUACUGUCCAAAGAUGGUUACUUUCAGUCCAGUUGGUCCCAUUAGAUGUACUGUUUGGUACCAUUUCCGGAAAACCAAAUGAUGAAAUGACAUUGUGUUUAAAAAAGCUCUCAGUACUUUGUGCUAUACUUUUCCACCUUCUCUGUUUUUUGCCGGUGAUGGCUUUAUCUUUCCAAUACAAGGCUGUAUGAGCAAAGUGAGGAUUCCCACCAUGUAAAGCAAGCCACAUAUGUAGAAAGAAAAGUCAUAUUUUUGUGUCAGGUCAUAAAUCCAGCCUGGAAAACAAGAGCAAGGCAGUUAUCUAUAGGCUAUGAUCAAUCAAUCAGUGAAGAACAGAAAACAUUAUUUAUUCUACUCAUAGCAUAGUUGUUGGUAUCAUACUAUGCUCAGUCUCUUUCCCCACCUCCAUUUGUCUUUCAUCCAUCUUAACUUUCAUAGAAACCAUUCUGCAAUGCAUUGUAUGGCUUUGUGGUUGCUAUGCCUUACACUAACUGGUAUCUGAUUUACUCUAGUCUGCAUCUGCACAAAACUCCCCCAAGAAAAAAAGUAUGCUGUAAGCCAGAGGGUCUGGUAGAGUCAGCCAACAAAGGGUCAGAGGUAGUGGCUGGUAGCCAAUGAAAUUAGACAUCUGUGAGAAAGCAGAUGUUGGUGAAGUUCCAUCUUCAAAUUUGCCCUGUGAGCAUUAUGUUAUCUUGUCAAACAACUUCUAACACACUAGGCGCUCCUUUCUUUAAAAUCAAGAAUGUAACAAGGUAUAUUUGUUGACUAGGAAUGUGGCCCAUGAAGGGCGUGGAGUGGGUGAGAACGAAUGGUAAUUGGACAUGCAAUGAUUCACUAAUUAUUUUAUUUAUUGUGUUUAUAUCCCACCUUUUCCUCCAAGGGACUCGAGGCGGUACACAUGGUUCUCCCCCCGCCCUCAUUUAAUGCCCACAACAACCCUGUGAAGUAGGUUAGGCUGAGAGGCAGUGACUGGCCAAAGGCCACCCAGCAAGCUUCAUGGCCGUGUGAGGAUCUUAACUCAUGUCUCCCAGGUCCUAGUCCAACACUCUUAACUACUACACCACCCUGGCUCUCACUAUGACCUCUAGGAGCUAUAAAGCACGCAUGGACUAUAAAGUUGGACAAACAAAACUUUGCAUUUACCUGCAAAAGGUGGUCCCAGGAGUGCUGAAAUCCCAUUAGCACAAAUGAUGAUUCCAUAGGCAUUUGCGAGGUGCUUAAUCCCAACUAAAUCUUCAGUAACAACAGGCAUGAGUGAAAAAUACCCACUGGAAAAUCCUAUUAGGGCACAGACCACAGCGAGCCCAGCAUAUGUGUGCAUUAGUGGUAAAAUGAAAAUGCAGAAGACGAGAGUGAAGUUGGCUGCCAUGAAGACAUUCCAAGCACUGACGCAGGGUGAAUCAGAAAUGAUGCCAAGGAUGACCUUGCCAAGAAUGUGGACAAUGGCAAUAAUUGAGGUCAAAGGGAACACAUCGUUCUGUGCAGAUAGACCGUAUUGCUUCACUAUUUCCGGAAGAUGGAUAAAAGGGAUAACAAAAGUGCUGUAUGCAAAUAAGGCCCAAAACACAAAGGCUGCAAACUUUCUGUUGGUGAAGAGGGAUGCAGCGCCAAAGUAACUAGAAUACCAGGUCUGAAAGCCUUUCUGGAUUGUAAGCGUCAGCUGACUCGCCCUCUUCAGCACGCAAAGAGCAUAGAUAUUCUUCCAGUGUCUGGUUACAUCUUUGUUUUCCAAGUCUGAAAAAAUGUCAGACUUUUCCUCCUUACCUUGCCCUUCUUUUGCCUCUUCCUGUAAGAUGCCAUUAGAUGCCAGUGUUUCUGCAGAGCAAGAGAGAGCUUUUGCAUGGCUCUCGCUGACGUUUCCCUCUCCGCUUUUUUCAGCGGUUUCCUCUUUGUAAUAAACUGGUCUCAUGAGCGCUCCACAAACACACAGGUUCAGACAGACCGCGCCCUGGAUGAACAUUGCGUUCCUCCAGCCAAACUCCAUGCAAAGGUAUUUCAGCAGAACUGUCAUCAGGAAAGCACCGAACCCCGUCCCAGUUGUGCUGAGUCCCUGGGCUAGUGCUCUUCUCUUCUCAAAGUAUUCGCCUACCAUGACCACAGCAGGCAGGUAUACCAUCCCACUCCCAACACCUGAAAAAGAGAGAUUCCUGAAUCAGCUGCAGAACUUUGACUGCAGUCAUAACACAUGCAGGCAAAUUGACACAAAGCCCAAACGUUAUUAUCCAGUAUGGCUUCACCUAAGGGUUAAGGAUAGGCUUCCACAAGCAUCCUAGUGGUGCAGCACUAAAACUGCUAGCACAUUUGCAAAGCUAAGCAGCUUGAUGUGGCUGGAUGGUUACGUGGAAGCCAGUUGAAGUUAAAUCCUUCGAAGACAGAGGUCCUCUGGCUGGGACGGGACGAUAUGGGAUUGGGGGGGCAACUCCCAUCUCUUGCGGGGGUGCAAUUAGUGCCAGCACCGUCCGUUAAGAGUUUGGGUGUAAUCUUCGAUACCUCCCUCUCUAUGGAGGCGCAGAUUACAGCUAUAACAAAGGCGGCAUUUUUUCAUCUCCGCCAAGCUAAGCAGUUGGCCCCUUAUCUCUCUCGCCCUGACCUAGCCACUGUGAUCCACGCGACGGUCACCUCCAGACUGGAUUAUUGUAACUCGCUCUACGUGGGGCUGCCCUUGAGACUGACCCAGAAACUCCAGCAGGUGCAGAAUGCCGCGGCGAGACUCCUUAUGGGGUCUUCGCUGCGAGAUCACAUUCAUCCGGUACUAUACCAGCUGCACUGGCUCCCGGUGGAGUACAGGAUCAGGUUUAAGGUGCUGGUUUUAACCUUUAAAGCCCUAUACGGCCUAGGACCCUCGUACCUACGGGACCGCCUCUCCUGGUAUGCCCCACAGAGGAACCUACGGUCUGCAAAUAAAAACAUCCUGAAGGUCCCAGGCCUCAGAGAGGUUAGGCUGGCCUCAACUAGAGCCAGGGCUUUCUCGGCUGCGGCUCCAAUCUGGUGGAAUGCUCUGUCACAAGAGACUACGGCCCUGCGGGACCUGACAUCUUUCCGCAAGGCCUGCAAGACAGAGUUGUUCCACCAGGCCUUUGGUCAGGGCCCAGUCUGACUCCCUCCUCUGGCAACCUGCACAGAACUUUGCUUAACGGUUGCCAUUAAUUUGAUUUUAAUUAAUUUUUACAGUGAAAUGUUUUAGAAUGUUGGAUUAUUUGAUUGUUUGAUUAUUUGUUUGUUGUUAGCCGCCCUGAGCCUGGCUUUGGCUGGGGAGGGCGGGAUAUAAAUAAAAUUUAUUAUUAUUAUUAUUCCAGUAUGGUUUCGAAUGCUGAGAAAUGAUGACAAGGUGUGACUGUAUGCUGCUAUCAGACAUGGGAGUAUGCUUUGGCCGUAUUUUGUAAAGCUUUUAUGUGUUGUAGAAAUGUGUCGUGAUAAAGACUGGGAAUAACAGAUCACACUCAGCUGAUUCUGAGCACCACAAAUCAAAGUUUAAAUCAGCCUACUGAGGCUUAGCUGUGUAUCCCAGAGCUGAUACUAUAGUAGUAUAAGCCAUGAAUUCAUGAGACCUGUAAGAUCAGACCUAAAUAUAGUCACCUGGGCUUAAUAAACGAAUUAUCUCCAUCACUAGAAAGACCAUACAUAAUCUCAAACUCAAGUCAUAUCAACCUCCAAAGCCAGAAUGACUAUUUAACUAACACCAAAGCCUGAUUCCAAAAAUAGUAUUAUGCAUGCUGGAAUGGGAUCUAUCAUCAGUGUUUCAGGUAAAAGCCACAGAUUUAUUAGACACAUGGUUUCCCUUAAAGGUAGAAGUUACCUCACAUGCAGGACUAAUAACUAGGGAUUGAAUUUGUGGCUUCCAUUCCACAACCACCACAGCCAUAUACUUUAAAGGUUUAUUUACUGUAUUUAAAAUUGUUCCUUUUCUGAAAUGAGAGCUGAAACUGCUCUGAGUUCUGCUUUCACUGAUGCUCAAACAAUUCUUAAUUGGUUUAAGUGGGUGUCCCAGAAAAGACAAUCUGCUCUUAUGUCAACACUGUGGCAUCAUCUAUGAAAAGAAGAAAAUAUUUGCAGACUAAUGGACCAUAUACUUUCUGCCUGAAUAUGUUUUUGCUGUCUCUAAGUACCUAAUGUGCUUAUGUCGUCAGUUUACAAGAAGUUUAUUCCUAAGGUUUCUUCUCCACCUGCCACCUGCCCCUCAUUCCAGGCUGAAAAUGAAUAUGGAAUUUCUCCUCUUAUUCUAAUUGGGUCUGCUAUGGGUCUACUGAACAGGAUAACCCUACCAGGAGAUAGAAGAGAAGUCCAAUUCAUCUUCCGUAUGCCAUUAAAUGGGGUCAUAAUGUUUUGUUUUCUCUUAUCAUUGUAUUUUAAUACUGCAGGGGGUGUCGUUUGGAUUUUUCCACUUCAGAUACCCAAAUCUCUUGUGAUGAUUAAUAGCCUUGUGGUGUUUCAAGCUCAAAAUCAAUUUUCUCAUCUAUACGCAACAAAGUUUACUGUUCCCUUUUUUGCCCUUCUAUUUAUACUCUCACACUCAUAGUCAGACAGCUGAGUGCAGAAGGCUGCCUGCCCACUUCCAUAAAGGGACCGCAAACAUCUACAAUUUUAUCUGUCUUAACACAAUGAGCAUAGGCCAGUUCAAGGCCUAUCUAAAUUAAUUUAAUGUAAAGCUUUGUCAAAUGCCGCACGUGAUAAUUAUAAACCUCUACCAUGUAGCAUAUUGUUCCGCAGGGCCUGUAAGACAGAGUUGUUCCGCCUGGCCUUUGGCUUGGAGUCAAUUUGAUUCCUUCCCCCUCUUUCUUUUUCCUUUCUCCUCCUGUGAUGAGGCUGCAUUUUAAUUGUUUUAAUGUUGUAUUUUAAUCUUGUUUUUAAGUUGUAUUCAUUCAAUUCGUUUUUAUUAUUGGUUGUUAGCCGCCCUGAGCCCGGCCUUGGCUGGGGAGGGCGGGGUAUAAAUAAAAUUUAUUAUUAUUAUUAUUUUCCUUCUGAAUUAAAAAACCCCAAAGUCAGAACAUUUCCUUGUAGGGCAGUUGUUCUAACCAAAAAUGGUUGCCCAUUUUUGCACCUUCUUCAGUUCUAAAAUAUCCUCUUUUUUUGGUUGUAGCUGCCAGAACAGUACUGGUAGCUAACUCAGUAGGAAGCCUCAUCAAGAUCAUAAACUUUCUACCUAUGGCACACACUCAAAUAUAUUGCUUUAAGCAACUUUGUAUGAGUUCCUGCCAAGUUUUAUAUGCCAAGUGAGUUUAUCACUUGGGGUCCCUUCCAACUCUAACAUUCUAUGGUUCUAUGAAACUUUUGUAUUGGCCCGGGCCACUCUGUCAUGCCACCUUCAGAGGAAAGGUUCUUUAAAGAUUAUCAAUAUCAAAACCAUAAAUCCACUCUGAGAAAGAGCAAAUAAAAUAUGAUUAAGAUGCAGUGUCCCAAAUCAAUCCCAGUGAAUAUUGCUCACAAGGAUCAGCAAUGUGAAAGAGGAAGACAUUGUCCUGAAAUGACACAAUACUUUAGGUGACCCCAAUAUCUAUCUAGUUCCUUUAGACCAGGAAACUUUUCCCCCCCAUGGACCACUUGGAAAUUGCCAAGGGUCUUGACACGUAAUGAUUUUUCUGCCUGUUGUAGCAAUUGUAACAUGCUGUGCUAGGUGCUGUAUCUUAUCAUCUUAUCUUAUCUUAUCUUAUCUUAUCUUAUCACAUCACUAGUCACCUUCUAUCCUGGUCCAUCCCACUCGCCCUGUGGGCAGAUCGCUGGGAUCUUAGAGCGAUGGAGCAGCAACUAGGAUCUUUGGGUGAAGGGUGGUAUACAAAUUUAAUAAGGUAAAGGUAAAGGGACCCCUGACCAUUAGGUCCAGUCGUGACCGACUCUGGGGUUGCGGCGCUCAUCUCACUUUAUUGGCCAAGGGAGCCGGCGUACAGCUUCCGGGUCAUGUGGCCAGCAUGACUAAGCCGCUUCUGGAGAACCAGAGCAGCGCACGGAAAUGCCGUUUACCUUCCCGCCGGAGCGGUACCUAUUUAUCUACUUGCACUUUGACGUGCUUUUGAACUGCUAGGCUUGCAGGAGCAGGGAUCGAGCAACGGGAGCUCACCCCGUCGCGGGGGUUCGAACCGCCGACCUUCCGAUCGGCAAACCCUAGGCUCUGUGGUUUAACCCACAGCGCCACCCGCGUCCCUUGACAAAUUUAGUAAGUAAUAAUAAUAAUAAUUGUGCCUGCCAUUCACAGCUACUGCUUCCACCAUUCUUCCCAGACGUGCCAUGGACCACCUGAGUAAAGCUUGCGGACCAGUGGUAGUCUGCAGACCAGUUUGGGAACCCCUGCUUUAGAGCGAUGCACUAAGCUUUGUACAUUCAUUCCAAUGCUUCUGAAAGUAACACCAAGCGUUUUGUGUUCCACAGUGCUGUAUUCUUCAUAAGGCAUUCUGUACGAGAAAUAACCGGUAUAUGUUUCCAGCAAAGGGAUUUUGUCAAAUGCUCAACAUAUUUGCACAUCAUGGCAAACCAUAAUCCAUGACUUACUGUGCAUGAGCAAAUCAUGCUCUUAGUGUGCAAAGAAAAGAAACCAUGAUCCCCGGCUUCGUAUUAUGUCCAAACCAGCAUUCAAGCAAACCACAAUUGGUAAGCCAAGAAGAAAUCUUGGUUGAUCUUUGUGGUUGGGGUGAAACAAAUCAUGAUCCCUGUUUCAGACACAAUGCUCAGCUAGGGAUUGUUGUUUCCCCCCUCUGUGCACUAGCAGGAAGUAGUAGAGAGGAUAGAAGAGGGAAGUGAUUUGCUGAUGCACAAUAACAGAUGGUUUAUAGCUUGCUGUGACAUGCAAAUGCAGCCAUUCAGUUAUACUGGUCUUAUUUAACUGUUAAUCUGAGUGCUGCCUUGCCUGCAUUGUUGAAAAAAGGACACUGGAGGGGGGAAACAUGCUUGCAUCACACCUUCAAAUUACCAUUGCACUUUUAGUUUGGAAAGACAAAGGGGAACGUUGGAAUCUUAAAGCAUGUCCAAGAGCUAUGGGUAAACUGCAUCUUUUAUUGUUAUAUGUUAUUGUAAUUGCAUCUUCUGCUUUUAAAUAUUUUGCAAACCACCCUGAAAAUGUUUUAUAGGGGAGGCACAUAAACAAACAAACAUACAAACAAACAAACUUGCCAUUUCACAUCAGCAGCAACAAGUACAACGUGGGCAUCUGCCCAAGAAGUGUGACAGGGGUGUAUGAUUUGCUGUGAAACAAAAUACAGACAUUCAAUGUUUAGGUUGGUUGUGGCUUUCCAGCUAAUCUGAAAUACCAUGCAUCACCUGAAUUAAGGUAUCUAUGCAGGUAAUCUGAAGUGCUUAUGUAGAUGCUGCAUACGUGUCACUUUUGACCUCCAACAUGCGAGGUAUCUUCUCAUGUGCACUGUUUUGUGUGGACAAACCUACCCUCCUCCAUUGACAUGCAUGAAUAAACUCUUACAGGCUGAGGAACAUGUCUGUGGUGGAGUUACUGUGCUUAGAAGGGAUUGUAGGUCAGGGUGACUGCCUCUUUGCAAACUCAGGCUUGCUUAUUUUAGCAUUCUGUGUUCUUACAGAUCAGUUACUACAAUGAAAAUCCGAAAGCAUAUUCAAAAACUAAUGCAUGCUUACCAGCUGUAACCCCAAACGUUAUAAAGAGGUAAUGUACAUUUGAGGCAUAGGAACUCAGUAUCCAUCCUACAGCAGUCAAGAUCCCUCCAACUAUUGCUGUCUUCCGGCAACCGCAGGUGUUAAUGAACAAACCAAUAAAAGGACCUGUGCCAAAACAUUAAGAAUGGAUUGUUUUCCUAAAGCUUUGUUUAUUCUGUUCACGAGGAUAACCACACUGAAACCACUGAUUACCAGCAAUAAGAUCAGUAAAUAUUAGGCCACCGGUUCAAAACUGUUAAGUGCUAAACAUCGGUUCUCAAAGAUCUAGGCAGUGUGGUGUAGUGGUUAAGAGCGGUAGUCUCGUAAUCUGGGGAACCGGGUUCGCGUCUCUGCUCCUCCACAUGCAGCUGCUGGGUGACCUUGGGCUAGUCACACUUCUUUGAAGUCUCUCAGCCCCACUCACCUCACAGAGUGUUUGUUGUGGGGGAGGAAGGAAAAGGAGAAUGUUAGCCGCUUUGAGACUCCUGAAGGGGAGUGAAAGGCGGGAUAUCAAAUCCAAACUCUUCUACUUAUUUCUAAUCAAUAUAUGAAACUGAGACAAUAUGAGUCAUGACAGGCAGAGAUUAUCAUAGGCAAACAGUAUCAUAUUUUAUAAGGGACUGUUGCUAAAUAUUUUGAUCCAUAAAUGUAUCUAUCUCUGCAGGAACUGAUCUUGGGCAUAUCCAUUUCUUCUAGAGUGGCUUAUGAACCUACCUACAAUCAAGGUUAUACCCAUACUAAGGGAGCUGACCCACGCUGUCAGGCCUCGACUUUGGCUGAAUUCGUCAAGCCAUUCCAUGUUGAGAACACCAAGGGC